AUGGACGGUAGCACCUCUAACUCAUAUGGCCACAACAGAUUAUUUGAAGUCUGUAUCCCCGCUUUGCUCUUCUCUCACUCCAUCCUUUCUCCCUCCUUUCGCCCUCCCUCUCAAGGACCUUGGAGGUCUCCCCAGCGCCCAGCCUUCAUCAUGAGGAUGAUGAUGUCCUUCCUGGUUGGACUUCUGGUCCAUGUAGUUUUCUUCAUCUCUAUGUUUGACAUCUACUUCACGUCGCCCCUGGUCCACGGCAUGGCCCCCCAGGCCCCCCCCCCCCCAGGUGUCCCCCCCAGGUGUCCCCCCUGCCUCCUGCAUGGUGCUGGUGGUUACAGGGCAGACAGCCUCUAUUAGCCUGAUGGCAAUGGAUCCACCAGGGCUCCUUUCUUAAGGUGACUGAGCUCUCCUUCAGAUGAACUCGCUGUGUGGAAGUGUGUGUGUGUGUAUGGUUUGUGGGAUGGGGGUGGCCAGGUAGUGUGUGUGGUGAGUGUGUUAGAGAGAGAGAAAGAAAGAGAGAAAUAAAUAAUAUAUGUUUGCUUGUGUGUAUGCAUUAUUUCUCAAAAAGUGUGUGUGUUCAAUCAGGCGUGUGAUAGAGGAGAGGGGAAGUUGUGGUGUGUCACACUUGCGUUCCCACGGAGUCUCGGCCCGGCCACGUUGCUCUGAUCGCUGGGUUCUAUGAAGAUAUCAGCGCUGUCGCUAAAGGUCUGUGUGUGUACAGUGAGAUGGUAUGGGGUUGGUUUGUGUGGGACUGUCAGUGACUUACUGUUUAAAAAAAAACUAAUGCUGAGUUUAUCAUCUUUCUCUGUGUGUGUGUGUGUGUGUGUAUGUGUGUGUGUGUGUGUGUGUGCGUAGGCUGGAAGGAGAACCCAGUGAUGCAUGUUUAUCAAUAAUUAGAAGAAGCAAUUUCAUAAGUGCAGCUUCUGGAUGCACCUUAUUAAUCACAUCAGACCAACACAUUUUAAACAUCAUCCACAUAAUAGUCACAUCAAAAUCUUUUGUAUGAUCUCAUAUACAUUAUUUUAGGCCCAGCUUUUGGAAGAUUCCUGGAUAUAGCCACUAUAUUGUGAUCACUGCAUCCAAUGGGUACGGAUACAGCUUUGAUACAUGUGGAUGAUCUUGUUCCUGUGGUGUUUAUAAACAUCCUGGUAGGUUGAUUAAUAACCUGAACCAGAUUACAGGCACAGCUUGAUGAAAACCAGGCAAUAUCCAGGUCCCCAAGAAAUUAGACCUCUCUGUUUACAUCACAUACACUAUCAAGCAUUUCACACAUAUGAUUUAGAUACUGACUGUUAGCACUUGGUGGCCUAUAGCAACACCCCAAAAUAAAAGGCUUUAGAUGUGCCAGAUGAACCUGCAACCACAACACUUCAAUAACACUUCACAUAAGAUCUUCUCUACAUAUUACAGGGAUAUGGCUCUGAAUAUAUACAGCAACACCUCCCCCAUAACCAUUCCUGUCUCUUCUGUAGAUGUUAUAUCCUUGUAUUGCUACUGCUGUAUCAUCAAAUGAAUUAUCUAAGUGGGUCUCAGAAAUGGCUAAUAUAUUAAUGUUAUCUGAUGUUAGCAAGUUAUUGAUUUCAUUAACCUUAUUUCUAAGGCUACAUAUAUUAAUAUGGGCUAUUUUCAGCUCUUUCCAGGGUAGCUUCUCAGAGAUAGACAUAAUAUGGAAAAGAACAAACAAAGCAAGAUAAAAAUAUAUACAUUCAGCAGUCCUUUAAUCAAUUGGUGUGUGUGUGUGCUGCGGGGUUGAAGCUACAAACCCAUAGGCUUGGCUCUCUCAUCCGUUCCAGGCUUUUGGGAGGGAAGGUGGACAAUGAGCCUGUCAUAGCGGAUGUAAGCAAUGUCCCCAUGCGCUCUGGCAGUUCUAUAUCGUGGAGCUCCGCCCCAUAGGGGAGCUCUGCUCCUAUUGGUUUACCCUCUGCCCUAAGGCAGCAUCAGCCUGAGACAAAAUUAUGCACUUAUAAUUAUGCCUUAUAAUGAGCACACCUGGAGAUUUUCCACCCCCAAAAGCUAUUUUCAGAGCUCAAUGCCGAUGCUCCUCCAUGGCGGCUGUAGACUCCCACGACAUGUGUUUCGUGUGUUUGGGUUCUCAGCAUGCCAAAGAGGGCAUCAGCAAUCCCCCUAACUGUGCCUCCUGCGCCCUCCUUUCUGUAAAGGAGAGGAAGCAGCGUUGGCCGUUUUUCAGGGAGGAUAUUCCUCUAGAGGACGUGCUGUCGGUGUUAGCCUCUGCUUCAGAGGCGUCAUCGGACUGCGCCGACUCAGGAGAUGAUGGGGAUUAUGAGGAAGAGACGGGUGUUCCGAUGGAACAAUCCGACCCCCUGUCUCAUACGUUCAAGCCCCCCUUUCCCUUGGAGAGUGAGAGGGCUUGCAGUUCCCUUGGCGAUGACGACACAGGCUCUGAGAGGUCAGAAACCUUGUCUUUCGCUGCAGCCUCUCUGAGGUCGGACUUUCCCGGACUCAUUGAGAGGGCUGCCAGACGUCUGGAGAUAGCGCUGCCCCCUAUUCCCUCCGCACCGGAGGUGGAUUUAAUGGAGGGCGGCCCCUAUUCCCGGCCAAGGAGAGCGGCAGAGCCACUGGCUCCAGCAAUGCCCUCAUUGGCUAAGUACGUCGAGGGCUCAUGGGAGGCACCUCUAGCGGCGCGUUCGCCGGCUAGAUCGUACCUCCCAGUCACUAGAGUGGAGGGAAGAUACCAGGGCCUUUCAAAGGGAAUCCCCAGGUUAGAGAGCGCCAUGGCUGCGUACCUCGUACCGGAUUCGAGUCCCUGGCCCUCUUCCAAGAAGGCCACCUUGCCAUCGCAAAAGGACCGUUUCACAGCGCAGCUGUUAGAAAAGUCCUUUACUUUGGGAGCCCAAGCUGUAGCAGCAGCUAAUAACAUUGCCCUCUUGGCAGCCGCUCCAGAAGUUGCAGAAGGGUUAUGCCAUCCAAUUCCAUCGGACCCCACCCCCAUUCAGGGAAGUGGUGGAGAUGGUGAUGAAAACGCCCGAAAAAGUGGCCGCUCUGGUUUCAGAGAUUACGGAACUUUUGGCGAAGGAGGCGGUCACAGUAGUUCCCCAGGAGCAAAGGAACAGAGGGCUGUAUUCGCCCUACUUCCUGGUGCCCAAAAAGACGGGGGGAAUGAGGCCGAUAUUGGAUUUACACAUUCUCAACGAGAGCGUAACCAAACGGCCCUUCCGAAUGCUCACGACAAAACGUCUACUGGAAUGUGUCCAGAAAGGAGACUUUUGUACAAGCAUACACCUAAAGGACGCGUACUUUCAUGUGCCAGUGCAGCCACGUCACAGGAAGUUUCUGCGAUUCGCCUUUCAAGGGGUGGCGUACGAAUACACAAGGAUGCCAUUCGGGUACGCCCUGGCACCUCGCACGUUUUCCAAGUGUGUGGAGGCGGCAUUGGAACUGUUGCGUCGUCAGGGAAUAAGGCUACUAGCCUACCUAGACGACCUACUGGUUCUCGCCCCGUCAGCAGAGCUGGCAUUCACUCACACGACACAGACAGUGAUUCAUCUCACACGUCUGGGGUUCGCUGUGAAUUGGAAAAAGAGCGCCCCCUGGCCCAGUCAUCAGAAUGUCUACCUGGGAUUGCAGCUAGACACUGUAAAGAUGAGGGCUCGAAUUUCGGACCCUCGAAGGGUAGCCUUGUUGCUAGCCCUGAGGAAGUGUCGUCCGAAUCACACGGUAACGGCGCUGUCGGUCAUGUCACUUUUGGGUCUCAUGUCGUCAGCCCAUUCCGUGGUUCCGCUGGGACUCCUGCGCAUGCGCAGGAUGCAGCGAUGGUUCGCCCAACUAGGACUAGACCCAGUGCGUCAACGUCAUCGGUUGGUGGUGGUUCCCCUCUCGCUCAGUGCAGAUCUGAACUAUUGGAGAAACCUGCGCGUUCUCACGCACGGAGUCCCGAUAGGCAAAGUGUCCUCCUACAUUCCAGUGUUUACAGAUGCCUCUCUGACUGGAUGGGGAGGGACAUGUCAGACCCAAGCGAUAGGAGGUGUGUGGCCUCUUUCGAGUCGCCACAUCAACCUCUUGGAGUUGGAAACGGUUCGACUGGUUCUGACCCACUUCGCAUCUACCCUUCAGGGGUCGCGAUGUGUUGGUCUGGUCAGACAACCGGACCACAGUAGCUCACAUAAAUCGCCAGGGAGGAGUCAGGUCUCCUGCUCUCCACUGGGCGGCAGAGGAAUUGUGGCUGUGGGCUCACGAGCACCUUCGCUCAUUGAGAGCAGCACACAUUCCGGGCUACUUUGAACGUAGGAGCAGACCUCAUGUCGCGAGGGGUUCCUCGAGACGACGAGUGGUUUCUGCAUCCGGACAUUGUUCUCAAAAUUUUUGCGCACCACCCGUGGUCGAGAGUUGUCCCUCCGCUGUCCUGCAUUCUCCCACUGUUAGCCAGGGUGAGAUCAGGAGGGCUGUCAAUAAUAUUGAUAGCCCCCGAUCGCCCAGGGGCUCCAUGGUUUGCGGAGAUGAGUCAGAUGUUGAUUGCGCCACCUUGGCCAAUUCCACAUCGACGGGACACAUUGUCUCAGGUGGGGGGUUCGAUAGGGCAAUUGCCCAUAAUCUGCCAACCACUGAAGGCUUGGCUCCUGAGAGGGAUAGGCUAGAGCGCCGUGGGUUAUCUGAUGCAGUGAUCAGGACCAUACAGGGUUCACGUGCCAGUUCCACUUCCAGGAUGUAUGCCAGUAGAUGGAACGUCUUUUCACAGUGGUGUGUCACACAGGGUGUAGACCCCAUGAGCUGUCAGGUUGAGAGUGUUCUCUCUUUCCUGCAGUUUAUGUUUGAUAAGCAGCGAUCGCCCGCCACCAUUAAGGUGUUUGCAGCGGCGAUUUCAGCUUGUCACGAAGGGUUUGGCAGAGACAAUGUCUUCAGCCACCCUCUAGUGAAACGUUUCUUAUUGGGAACACGGCGGCUUAGGCCAAUGCCUAGAGCCACGCUUCCUCAGUGGGAUUUGGCUUUGGUACUCGAAGCGCUAUGUAAGUCGCCGUUCGAGCCAUUGAAUCAAAUACCCCUCAAGAUGCUGUCUAUGAAGAUGGCACUGUUGCUCGCUUUGACUACUGCUAAGCGUGUCAGUGAUUUGUGUGCUCUUUCGACGAGACCCGACUGCCUUGCCAUUAAUGGCGAUCUGAGCAGAGCGGUGUUACGUCCUAACCUGGCAUUUGUGCCGAAGGUUAUUAAGAACUCAUAUAGGUCACAGACCGUGGAGCUAUGGGCUUUUUCUCCCCCUCCUCAUAAGGAGAGGAGUGAGGAAAGGCUCCAUCGCCUGUGCCCAGUGCGCGCUUUGGCGUGUUACGUUGAGCGCACAGCAGCGAUUAGGUCAUUGCCUCAGUUGUUUGUGUGUCACGGUGCGGCUGCACUAGGUAGACCACUUUGAAAACAGCGUUUGUCUCAUUGGCUUUGCGAAGGCAUUGAGACAGCUUAUGAGGCAGCGGGGCGACAAUUGCCUCAGGGUAUAAGAGCUCACUCCACGCGUGGAGUAGCGGCUUCUACUGCCCUUUUCAGAGGAACAGGGGUAGAGGAUAUAUGUGCAGCGGCGUCAUGGUCGUCACCGUCUCCAUUUAUCCGUUUCUAUCUCUUGGAUAUGUCUUCUAACUCUUUGGCUCAGUCUGUACUCAGCGUGGCUGAGGGGAGGACUUGAGCUAGGAGAGAGGAAUGCAGGACUGAGGAGACAGGUCUCUUUCAGGUCCGCUUCUGAUGGAAGGACAUAUUUGUAUGAUGAGGGAUGAUAGUAGUAACCUUGGUUACGGUAAUAAUAAUAAUAAUAAUAUGCCAUUUAGCAGACGCUUUUAUCCAAAGCGACUUACAGUCAUGUGUGCAUACAUUUUUACGUAUGGGUGGUUCCGGGGAUCGAACCCACUAUCUUGGCGUUACAAGCGCCAUGCUCUACCAAUUGAGCUACAGAGUACCACACGGUACUAUUUGACCGGUCAUGACAAUUUUGACGGAAUGUGACGUCAUCUAUCUGCUUGUUCAGAUUAGUAUGAGUCAUGUUCUGGGAUCUGCCCACUAAUCUCUGGGGUUCCAUUGAUUGAGUGAGGCGGCCUACCGUGUACGCAAUGUAGAGUGACACUUUGUGUCAUUCCAUUAGUGGUCGGUAUGAUUGUGACAGGAUAUUGAGGUACCAUCUAUCUGCUAGUACAGAUUAGUAUGGCCCGUAUUCUGGUGAUCUGCCCACUAGUCACGGGUGUUGCCAUUGGACUAGGUGGGGCGGGUUUUUAACCGAUGACGCAGUAUAUUGUGACACUUGUAUUGUCAUACAGUGGUUGCAGUACUGCGGGAAUUGGUUGCAUCCAUUGCUAGGCCUGACCUUUUCGUUUCGAUGGGAAGUGUUGGGCUCGGCAGGGAGUACAUUUUGGAGCGCUACGCUCCGCCUUAAACCAAUAGGAGCAGAGCUCCCCCAUGGGGCGGAGCUCCACGAUAUAGAACGAUUAGUUACCGGAGUGUAACUCCAGUUCUAUGAGUGGAGCAGAGCCCCAUAGGACUUAAGGCCCUGCCGACCCUCUCUAGUCUCGCUGAAGAUAAAUAUCUCGGGAGGCUGAUUGAGGGGAGGCAUCCCCUCUUAUAGGGACACCUGUACUCCUAUUGGCUGCAGGUGUGUGCAUAAUUUUGUCUCAGGCUGAUGCUGCCUUAGGGCAGAGGGUGAACCAAUAGGAGCAGAGCUCCCCUAUGGGGCUCCGCUCCACUCAUAGAACUGGAGUUACACUCCGGUAACUAUCGUUUUCAUGGCUGGGAUAAGUUCUUUCCUCUUCUGGCGCACAGCUUCAGGAAAGUCCUCGUUGAGGAAGAUAUACGUUCCUCUCAAGCUCUUGGCUCUUUAAUCAGGUGGUGUGUGUAACUGUGUGUGUGUGUGCUGCGGGGUUGAAGAUACGAACCCAUUGACUCGCUCAUCCCUUGCAGGCUUUUGGGAGGGAGGGUGGACAAUGAGCCUGUCAUAGCAAUGUAAGCAAUGUCCCCACGCGCUCUGGCAGCUUUCAUGCCUGGGAUAUGUACUUUUCCUCUUCUUGGGCACAGGGAUGAUCAGUCGUUCUACCUGUAUAACACUGUCAUAAUGCUGACAUGAUGUUGAUGUCUCUAUUGGUGUCUCUGUGUCAGAGUGGCCUCCUCACCAAUGUAUCCUCACAGCAUCUGGCCCUGACUGAUGACGUCACAACCACGUAUUUCCUCUGUGUGUUGAAAAUAGUCAGAAAGCAACAGUGAUCUGUUCCCCAGUAUGAGGCUAGAUGUGUGUUACAGGCAGACAUAGCACCUCUGAUGUCAUCUCUUAUUGGAGUACCUCCAUCUCAACUCUGUGGUGAGUCACCCACAUCCCAUAACAGUAUCUUUGUAAUACCAUAAUCAACAGAAACAUAUGAUCAGAAAUGCUGUUAUACAGUAACUACUAUCUGUACUGUGGUUACUGCUCUGAGAUGCAAAAUAAAAUGUAUGUGCAGACGAUAAGGUAUAAUCUCAUGUAAUAAACUCAGCAAAAAAGAAACUUCCCUUUUUCAGGACCCUGUCUUUCAAAGAUUAUUUGUAAAAAUCCAAAUAACUUCACAGAUCUUCAUUGUAAAGGGUUUAAACACUGUUUCCCAUGCUUGUUCAAUGAACCAUAAACAAUUAAUGAACAUGCACCUGUGGAACGGUCGUUAAGACACUAACAGCUUACAGACGGUAGGCAAUUAAGGUCACAGUUAUGAAAAAUUAGGACACUAAACAGGCCUUUCUACUGACUCUGAAAAACACCAAAAGAAAUAUGCCCAGGGUCCCUGCUCAUCUGCGUGAACGUGCCUUAGGCAUGCUGCAAGGAGGCAUGAGGACUGCAGAUGUGGCCAGGGCAAUAAAUGGUAAUGUCCGUACUGUGAGACACCUAAGACAGCGCUACAGGGAGACAGGACGGACAGCUGAUCGUCCUCGCAGUGGCAGACGACGUGUAACAACACCUGCACAGGAUUGGUACAUCCGAACAUCACACCUGCGGGACAGGUACAGGAUGGCAACAACAACUGCCCGAGUUACACCAGGAACGCACAAUCCCUCCAUCAGUGCUCAGACUGUCCGCAAUAGACUGAGAGAGGCUGGACUGAGGGCUUGUAGGCCUGUUGUAAGGCAUGUCCUCACCAGACAUCACCAGCAACAACGUCGUCUAUGGGCACAAACCCACCGUCGCUGGACCAGACAGGACUGGCAAAAAGUGCUCUUCACUGACGAGUCACAGUUUUGUCUCAACAGGGGUGAUGGUCGGAUUCGCAUUAGUCGUCGAAGGAAUGAGCGUUACACCGAGGCCUGUACUCUGGAGCGGGAUCGAUUUGGAGGUGGAGGGUCCGUCAUGGUCUGGGGCGUUGUGUCACAGCAUCAUCGGACUGAGCUUGUUGUCAUUGCAGGCAAUCUCAACGCUGUGCGUUACAGGGAAGACAUCCUCCUCCAUCAUGUGGUACCCUUCCUGCAGGCUCAUCCUGACAUGACCCUCCAGCAUGACAAUGCCACCAGCCAUCCUGCUCGUUCUGUGCGUGAUUUCCUGCAAGACAGGAAUGUCAGUGUACUGCCAUGGCCAGUGAAGAGCCCGGAUCUCAAUCCCAUUGAGCACGUCUGGGACCUGUUGGAUCGGAGGGUGAGGGCUAGGGCCAUUCCCCCCAGAAAUGUCCGGGAACUUGCAGGUCCCUUGGUUGAAGAGUGGGGUAACAUCUCGCAGCAAGAACUGGCAAAUCUGGUGCAGUCCAUGAGGAGGAGAUGCACUGCAGUACUUAAUGCAGCUGGUGGCCACACCAGAUACUGACUGUUACUUUUGAAUUUGACCCCCUAUUUGUUCAGGGACACAUUAUUCAAUUUCUGUUAGUCACAUGUCUGUGGAACUUGUUCAGUUUAUGUCUCAGUUGUUGAAUCUUGUUAUGUUCAUACAAAUAUAUGUUAAGUUUGCUGAAAAUAAACACAGUUGACAGUGAGAGGACGUAUCUUUUUUUGCUGAGUUUAUAACCUCUCAAUAGGGGCAGUGUGUGUGAUGUAGGGAAUUGGAGUAUUGCUCUAACUUGGCAGAGAACCACCUGUUUUGAACCCCACCUGUUUAGCUAAAAAAAUAUAUAUAUAUAUAUUAUAUUUAUUUUGUUGCCUGUUUUGCAUGUUAUUUUGGCAUUAAUUCAUGUCACGUACAGUUGAAGUCGGAAGUUUACAUACACUUAGGUUGGAGUAAUUAAAACUCGUUUUUCAACCACUCCACAAAUUUCUUGUUAACAAACUAUAGUUCUGGCAAGUCGGUUAGGACAUCUACUUUGUGCAUGACACAAGUAAUUUUUCCAACAAUUGUUUACACAAUUCCAGUGGCUCAGAAGUUUACAUACACUAAGUUGACUGUGCCUUUAAACAGCUUGGAAAAUUCCAGAAAAUGAUGUCAUGGCUUUAGAAGCUUCUGAUAGGCUAAUUUACAUAAUUUGAGUCAAUUGGAGGUGUACCUGUGGAUGUAUUUCAAGGCCUACCUUCAAACUCAGUCCCUCUUUGCUUGACGUCAUGGGGAAAUCUAAAGAAAUCAGCCAAGACCUCCAAAAAAUAAUUGUAGACCUCCACAAGUCUGGUUCAUCCUUGGGAGCAAUUUCCAAACGCCUGAAGGUACCACGUUCAUCUGUACAAACAAUAGUACGCAAGUAUAAACCCCAUGGGACCACGCAGCCGUCAUACCGCUCAGGAAGGAGACACGUUCUGUCUCCUAGAGAUUAAUGUACUUUGGUGAGAAAAGUGCAAAUCAAUCCCAGAACAACAGCAAAGGACCUUAUGAAGAUGCUGGAGGAAGCAGGUACAAAAGUAUCUAUAUCCACAGUAAAACAAGUCCUAUAUCGACAUAACCUGAAAGGCCGCUCAGCAAGGAAGAAGCCACUGCUCCAAAACCGCCAUAAAAAAGCCAGACAACGGUUUGCAACUGCACAUGGGCACAAAGAUUGUACUUUUUGGAGAAAUGUCCUCUGGUCUGAUGAAACAAAAAUAGAACUGUUUGGCCAUAAUGACCAUCGUUAUGUUUGGAGGAAAAAGGGGGUUGCUUGCAAGCCAAAGAACACCAUCCCAACCGUGAAGCACGGGGGUGGCAGCAUCAUGCUGUGGGGGUGCUUUGCUGCAGGAGGGACUGGUGCACUUCACAAAAUAGAUGGCAUCACGAGGAUGGAAAAUUAUGUGGAUAUAUUGAAGCAACAUCUCAAGACAUCAGUCAGGAAGUUAAAGCUUGGUCACAAAUGGGUCUUUCAAAUGGACAAUGACCACAAGCAUACGUCCAAAGUUGCGGCAAAAUGGCUUAAGGACAACAAAGUCAAGGUAUUGGAGUGGCCAUCACAAAGCCCUGACCUCAAUCCUAUAGAGCAUUUGUGGGCAGAACUGAAAAAGCUUGUGCGAGCAAGGAGGCCUACAAACCUGACUCAGUUACACCAGCUCUGUCAGGAGGAAUGGGCCAAAAUUCACCCAACUUAUUGUGGGAAGCUUGUGGAAGGCUAGCCGAAACGUUUGACCCAAGUUAAACAAUUUAAAGGCAAUGCUACCAAAUACUAAUUGAGUGUAUGUAAACUUCUGACCCACUGGGAAUGUGAUGAAAGAAAUACAAGCUGAAAUAAAUAAUUCUCUCUACUAUUAUUCUGACAUUUCACAUUCUUAAAAUAAAGUGGUGAUCCUAACUGACCUAAGACAGGGCAUUUUUACUAGGAUUAAAUGGCAGGAAUUGUGAAAAACAGAGUUUAAAUGUAUUUGGCUAAGGUGUAUGUAAACUUCCGACUUCAACUGUAUCAGUUUGCAAACAAUGUAAUUUUUUAAAUAAUUGAGUUAAUAAAGUUGUAUACAAACAUGGUCUCUUUUUUGCUUUCUUGAGUCAGGUAGCUCCAAAAUGCAGGUGUUUCAGCCUAGCUUAGUGCUUUCUGUGGUGGUGGGGCAGCCAGCGGAAAAUAUGGAGCGUAGGGGUUGGUAAUGUUCUCUAGUUGUGCCGUGAUUGGCUCAGUGUUCUGUCACUCAUGGGGACACUGUGUAGCAGCAAAAUCUACGGGGAGAGCUCGGAAUUCAAGCCCCUUAGGUGCUGCCAUAGAGUUACAUUAGAAGUGCCCAUCCAAGAAGGCUCAAGGUUAUUGGCCACAGAUUAAAUUAACACAAAUCACGUUAUAUCUACCGUAGCUUUGAUUGGGCUGUCAACAUGUCAUCAUGUCAACAUCAUACUUUCCAAAAUUAGCUUGCAAGCUAGACAAGCAGUCAUCAUCAUGAAUCAAGUCGACAAUCUACUGGCAAAUCCUUUUCAAUACUGGCUAGCAAGCUAGACAACCAGUCAUCAUCAUGAAUCAAGUCGACAAUCUACUGGCAAAUCCGGUGCUCAUCGGCCAUUGGACAUAAACAUCACACAACAAGUUGGAAAUCGCAAAUUCAACAAUGAGUGGUUUGGAAGGAAUCCGUGGCUAACUGCAAGUGUUGCCAAGCAAUCACUAGCCUGCUAUUCAGUGGAGUGGGUGUGUGGUCCAAGUCUGGGUUUAAGGGUCUCUUUUCCAAGCUUAAAAAUAUAAACAUUCACAUGCAACACAAUGGGCCAGAAAAGGUUGACUACAUUGACCACGCUGUCAAUCCAGCAAAGUGUUUAUUUUGAUGAUAUCAACCUUACAAAUGUGUGUGUGUUUCAGGUUUGGAACCCUAAUAGACCUGGUUCAGUUCGUACAGUUCCCUCCCACUGUGUAAAUGCUUUGGCUACUUUGUCCUGGUCACAUUUGGGAUUUAACUUCUGGUUAGCAGCCAUCAUACAGCAACCAUUUCACUGAGGGCUCAAUUCAAUGGAAUCUGCAUUUCUGCUGGAGCUCUUGUAAAGAUCUGCUCCUGUGUCUGUCUCCCCCAGGUGGUGAGUUUCUUCCAUUGGGCCAUGCUGACUGUAAGCCUGUGGGUUCUCUCUGUCUGGCCCCUCCUCUCUGGCCUCUACAGAAAGGCCAAAGUAAGACUAGGAGUGGCUUGUUGUUCUUAGCUAGUCCCGUAUUUAGCCCCUCUUCUUUGGCCUUUACAGCAAGUUCAAGGUAAAACUAGAAGUGGGUUGUAGUUCUUAACCCCUUCCCCUUUGAUGUGCACAAAUCUGAAAAGACUGGAUAAGUGCAAGCAAUAUGGCAGGAGUACGAAGCACUACUGUAAAAUAUAAAUGUUUAAUUUCUCUCUAUCUCUAUCUAUCAAUUCAAUUUCAAUUCAAUUUCAAUUUCAAUUUAAGGGCUUUAUUGGCAUGGGAAACGCAUGUUAACAUUGCCAAAGCAAGUGAAGUAGAUAGUAAACAAAAGUGAAAUCAACAAUAAAUAUUAACAGUAAACAUUACACUCAGAAGUUUCAAAAGAAUAAAGACAUUUCAAAUGUCAUAUUAUGUAUAUAUACAGUGUUGUAACAAUGUGCAAAUAGUUAAUGUACAAAUGGGAAAAUAAAUAAACAUAAAUAUGGGUUGUAUUUACAAUGGUGUUUGUUCUUCACUGGUUGCCCUUUUCUUGUGGCAACAGGUCACAAAUCUUGCAGCUGUGAUGGCACACUGUGGUUUUUCACCCAGUAGAUAAGGGAGUUUAUCAAAAUUGGGUUUGUUUUCGAAUUCUUUGUGGAUCGCUGUAAUCUGAGGGAAAUAUGUGUCUCUAAUAUGGUCAUACAUUUGGCAGGAGGUUAGGAAGUGCAGCUCAGUUUCCACCUCAUUUUGUGGGCAGUGUGCACAUAGCCUGUCUUCUCUUGAGAGCCAGGUCUGCCUACGGCGGCCUUUCUCAAUAGCAAGGCUAUGCUCACUGAGUCUGUACAUAGUCAAAGCUUUCCUUAAGUUUGGGUCAGUCACAGUGGUCAGGUAUUCUGCCACUGUGUACUCUCUGUUUAGGUCCAAAUAGCAUUCUAGUUUGCUCUGUUUUUUUGUUUGUUCUUUCCAAUGUGUCAAGUAAUUCUCUUUUUGUUUUCUCAUGAUUUGGUUGGGUCUAAUUGUGUUGUUGUUGUUGUUGUUGUUGUUGUUGUUGUUGUCCUGGGGCUGUGUGGGGUCUGUUUGUGUUUGUGAACAGAGCCCCUGGACAAGCUUACUUAGGGGACUCUUCUCCAAGUUAAUCUCUCUGUAGGUGAACUAUCUCUCUCUCUCUCUCUCCUCUCUCUCUCUCUCUCUCUCUCUCUCUCUCCUCUCUCCUCUCCUCCUCUCUCUCUCUCUCUCUCUCUCUCUCUCUCUCUCUCUCUCUCUCUCCUCUCUCCUCUCUCUCUCUCUCUCAGCCACCUUCCUAGUAUUGAGUACUGGGUAAGAGAUAGUCACCCCUGACAGCCACCUUCCUAGUAUUGAGUACUGGGUAAGAGAUAGUCAUCCCUCACAGCCACUUUCCUAGUACUGAGUACUGGGUAAGAGAUAGUCACCCCUGACAGCCACCUUCCUAGUAUUGAGUACUGGGUAAGAGAUAGUCAUCCCUGACAGCCACCUUCCUAGUAUUGAGUACUGGGUAAGAGAUAGUCAUCCCUGACAGCCACCUUCCUAGUAUUGAGUACUGGGUAAGAGAUAGUCAUCCCUCACAGCCACCUUCCUAGUACUGAGUACUGUACUGGUUCUGACCUUUCUGCCUGUCCUGACCCUGAGCCUGCCUGCCGUCCUGGACCUGCCUGACUCUGACCUGGAUUACGAACCUCUGCCUGCCGUCUCUCUCUCCAUCCCUCUCUCCUCUUCUCUAUUUAUCCAGCAUUUCUUCUUCCUAGUAUGGGAUUAUGGGUGCUGGCUGGACAUUGGCACCAGGUAGGACCCAGGAGAGAGACCAGGGGUUGGAACACAAAUGAUUUUUCAAUGGUGUAGUUCUGAAAAGAAGCACUCUUUUUUUCGUUCCAUACCACUGUUCUGACCAGCAAAAUAAAGUUCUGUACCGGGUCGAACCCACAAAAAGUACUGGUUUAUAUUGUUCCUUUCUGUUCCUUUUUUAAUCAGUAAAAUCAACCAGUUUUUUACAUUUAGCUCAUUCAAUUACUUCACCAAUCAGUGUGGAUAGAGCAGGCAAGCUAGUUGUUUACAUGCGUGAUGGACAGACAAGUGUACCCUAUGGCGCAAGAUGCGACUGACAUUUUGCGGGUUGGGAAGAAAGCGAGAGAGGGUUGAGGAGGAGGCUUGAAGCUCUGGGCAUCUUGUUAUGACAUACAUUAUCUGAAUUAGGUCCACAUAAUUAUACCUUGGAGGAGUGGCUUCUAUGGAGGAACUUUGAAUGUCCUUUGAGCUAGCUAGCUAACAAGCUUGAGCUAUCCUGAACAAAAAUAUAAACGCAACAUGUAAAGUGUUGGUCACAUGCUUCAUGACCUGAAAUAAAAGAUCCCAGAAAUUUUCCAGAAGCACAAAAAGCUUAUUUCUGUCAAAUUCUGUGCACAAAUUUGUUUACAUCCCUGUUAGUGAGCAUUUUUCCUUUGCCAAGAUAAUCCAUCCACCUGACAGGAGUGGCAUAUCAAGAAGCUAAUUAAACAGCAUGAUCAUUACACAAGUGCACCUUGUGCUGGGAACAAUAAAAUGACACUCUAAAAUGUGCAGUUUGGCAUUAAUUCCAACUGGCCUCACAACCACCACAUGUUACCACGCCAGCCUAGGACCUCCACAUCCGGUUUCUUCAACUGUGGGUUUGCACAACCAAAGAAUUUCUGCAUAAACUGUCAGAAACCAUCUCAGGGAAGCUCAUCUUUCAGUUCAGUUUCUGUUCCCUGAACCGGUUCAGAGGAGGCUGGUGGGGGAUAUAUAUAGGAGGAUGGGCUCAUUGUAGCAAAUGGAAAUGUGUCUGAUACGUCUCCAUUCAUUCCACUGCAUGCUGUAGUACUUCUGGCCACACACACACACACACCCACACACACACCCACACACACACACACACACACACAAACACACACACAUACACCCUUACCCUGUGUAUCUCUCUGUGUCCAGUAUCAGACACUAUGUGAUUGUGAUGUCCAUGACCAUCUUCCUGAUGCUGCUGAGUCUGAUAACCCACUUCCUCACCCUGUGUGUUAGUCUGUCUCUCUGUGUGUGUGUUAGUCUCUCUCUCUCUCUCUCUCUCUCUCUCUCUCUCUCUCUCUCUCUCUCUCUCUCUCUCUCUCUCUCUCUCUGUCCUCUCUCUCUCUCUCUCUCUCUCUCUCUCUGUCUCUCUCUCUCUCUCUCUCUCUCUCUCUCUCUCUCUCUCUCUCUCUCUCUCUCUCUCUCUCUCUCUCUCUCUCUCUCUCUCUCUCUCUCUCUCUCUCUCUCUCUCUCUCUCUCUCUCUCUCCCUCUGUGUGUGUGUGUUUGAAAUUUUAUGAUGCCUAUUUAUUGAGGAUUAGAUGUACCUGAAGGGCACAAUUGCCUCAUGUAUUGCAAAGCAGUUAUGAUUGUGUUAUUAUUUUGAUAUGGGCUAAAAUGUAAUUAAUUGAAUGUUUGUCCAAGAUGCCGUGGACUGACUUUUCAUUUGCACUGGACUUGUAUUACUAUAGAGGUCUACAUUAAAACUUUCUUAUUAAGGUUACAUAUAAGACAAAGUAUACUUGAAUAUUUGACUGUCGGUGAAUGAUAUUGUCAAUACUAUUUUCAACUACUGUUAGCCAAAAUCAAAAGCAUUGUUAAGUAAUUUAAAUGAAGGCAUGAAGUAAUGGACCAGCAGUAGCCUAACUAACUUACUUUAACACAGAAUAGCAAUAAGGGAUAGUGGAUAAGGGAUAGUGGAUAAGGGAUAGUGGAUAAGGGAUAGUGGAUAAGGGAUAGUGGAUAAGGGAUAGUGGAUAAGGGAUAGUGGAUAAGGGAUAGUGGAUAAGGGAUAGUUGUUCGGGCAGGCUUUGGCUUUCGUCGUCACCGGCCUUCUAGCCACUGCCGCUCCUCAUCUCAUCACUCCAUUUGUUUUGUCUUGUUUAUUACACACACCUGGUUCAUAACCCCUCAUCAGUACCUGUAUAAGUGUUCCAUCUGCCCCCUUGUCUUUGUGUGUGAUUGUUUAUUGUGAGGAUUGUGAAGCUCAGUUGAGCUCCUUGUAUUUUGUAUUGCCGGGUUAUUUUCCCCAUGUGCCUUGUUUGUUCCAGUGCGCCUGUUUUGCGCACUGGACUGUUUUGACGCAUUACUGCGUAACUCUGUAUUCUGGAAUAAAUCCUGUUAUUCUGUGAUUUACCCUCCUGCGCCGGACUCCUUCAAAUCACCCAUCACAGAAUCACACACCCGCCAUGGAGUCAGCAGGAGAGGAGCACAUGCCUGGAGUCGUGGCACGGGUCUGGGAGCAUUCGACAAUGCUAGCCAGCUUGGGAGAAGCGAUGGAUCGGGUUCUCCAGGUCGUCCAAUGCCUGGAGAGGAGAGGACCCGAUCUGUCAGGACCAGCUGGGCGACCGGAUCCAGCCACCCACACCCCAGCAUCCAGAGGGAUCCAUAUAUCCCGACCAUGGGAUUUCGACAGGACAGCUGCUUUCUGCCAGGGAUUCCUCCUACAACUGGAGUUAUAUUAUUCGAACAUCAGCCCGGCUCCAUCGGAGCGGGAGAAGGUGUCCACCCUAGUCUCCUGCCUCUCAGGGAAAGCCCUGGAGUGGGCCAACGCGGUCUGGAGUGAAGGAGGAGCCGCGUUGGACAACUACGGGGAGUUCGCUCGCCUCUUUCGGGCCGUCUUCGAUCAUCCGCCCGAAGGUAGAGAGGCAGGCGAGCGGCUGGUCCACCUGAGGCAGGGGAUGGGGACCACGCAGGACUUCGCCCUGGAGCUUCAGACUCUAGCGGCUUGGUCCGUGUGGAAUGAGCAGGCCCUCAUUGACCACUUCCGGUGUCAUGUACGAGAGGACAUCCGAAGGGAGCUAGCCUGCCGGGACACCAUGUUGUCCUUCAAUCAACUGGUGGACAUGGCCAUCCGGUUGGACAACCUGCUGGCUGUUAGAGAACGUCCUGGAAGUUGCCUGCCCGUUCCACCCCCACCCAACCCGGAUCACGAGCUGAUGGAGCUGGGUGGAGCGGCGAUCCGGGAGAGCGGAGGACGACAGCGCCAGUAUCAAUCUAUUGGCACGAGAGGACAUUCUCCUGCAUGCUGCCGUCCAUAUUACCUGGUGGAGAUGGAUGGUGUAUUUAAAAGGUUAAUGUACUGCCAGUGUGUUGUCCUGUAUUGUUUCUACAGUACACCCAGAGAUAACACCUGUUUUAACACCUUCACCUGUUUUAAACACCUUCACCACCAAUUAAGAUAUAAUUCAGUGAACUUUCAGUGGUUCAACAUGAUAUUUUCUUCUUUGAUAUGAGCUGUUUCUGAGAACCAUGAUGGAGUCAAGAUCUGGUUCACUGGGGAAGAUUCUUGGCUAAUUUGAUAUGUCUGAGAAUAUCUCUCAAUUUCUCACCACAUCCUGUUUCACAUCCGUUGUAAAGCCCCCUCUCUCUCUCACCUGAUGGAAUACACCAGGGGUGUCAAACUCAUUCCACGGAGGGCUGGUUUUUGUUUUCUCCUUUCAAUUAAGACUUAAACAAUCAGGUGAGGGAAGUUCUUUACUAAUUGCAGUGCAUUCGGAUAGUUUUUCUUAUGAGGCUUAAUAAAGCUUCAUAAACCCUUUAUAAGGCAUAUAGAAUUGCAUUUAUGUAGAGUCAUCCCACAUACAGAGAGACAGGGGAAGUUUCUCUCUCUCUCUCUCUCUCUCUCUCUCUCUCUCUCUCUCUUUCUCUCUCUGUCUCUGUCUCUCUGUCUCUCUCUGUCUCUCUCUCUCUCUCUCAAUUCAAUUCAAUUUAAGGGCUUUAUUGGCAUGGGAAACGUAUGUUAACAUUGCCAAAGCAAGUGAAGUAGAUAGUAAACAAAAGUGAAAUAGACAAUAAAUAUUAACAGUAAACAUUACACUCAGAAUUUCCAAAAGAAUAAAGACAUUUCAAAUGUCAUAUUAUGUCUUUAUACAGUGUUGUAACAAUGUGCAAAUAGUUAAAGUACAAAAGGGAAAAUAAAUAAACAUAAAUAUGGGUUGUAUUUACAAUGGUGUUUGUUCUUCACUGGUUGCCCUUUUCUUGUGGCAACAGGUCACUCUCUCUCUCUCUCUCUCUCUCUGUGUGUGCAUGCAUAGAGCUCCAAAUGGAGGAAGUUGCUAGUUCUGUGGCAGAGCUGCAAUGUGUGUACUCAUCUCCAGGGAGUGACUUGUGGGUGUUUCUGACUCUGCAGACAAUAUGCCAUAAGGACCACAGACACCCUCUAUAAAACACAGUUUGUAUUUAUACAGAGAAUAGUGAGGGGAGAUUAGCUCUGCUAACACAGUGUAGGGGACACUCACACCACCCUGGUUUCCUUCUCAGUGGAUAGUUUCUAUCUCAUCCAUCAGAAGGUAGGUCUAUCGAAUGCUUUUAUAUGCUAUUGCUAAACACUGAGUUUACAAAACUCUUUCCAUGACAUAGGAUGACGAGGUGACCAGACUGACCAGGUGAAAGCUAUGAUCCCUUACUGAUGUCACCUGUUAAAUCCACUUCAAUCAGUGUAGAUGAAGGGGAGGAGAACGGUUAAAGUAGGAUUGUUAAGCUUUGAGACAAAUUAGACAUGUAUUGUGUAUGUGUGCCAUUCAGUGGUUGAAUGGGCAAGACAAAAUAUUACCUUUGAACGGGUUAUGGUAGUAGGUGCCAGGGGCACCGGUUUGAGUGUCAAGAACUGCAACGCUGCUGUGCCUUUCACGCUCAACAGUUUCCUGUGUGUAUCAAGAAUGGUCCACCACCCAAAGGAGAUCCAGCCAACUUGACACAACUGUGGGAAGCAUUUGAGUCAACAUGGGCCAGCAUCCCUGUGGAACAAUUUCGACACCUUGUAGAGUCCAUGCCCCUACGAAUUGAGGCUGUUCUGAGGGCAAAAAGGGGUGCAACUCAAUAUGAAUAAGCUGUUCCUUUAUUCAGAACUUAAGACAGCGUUCCCCAACUGGUGGCCUACGGGCCAAAUUUGGCCCUCGGGUGAAUUUAUUUGGCCCCCCAAGUUUUUGGAGUUGUUGGACAUAAAAGACUCUAAAAACACCAGCAUAUCAGCUCCAAGUUAUUUUAUUUUAAUUUUGGAAAUCUGUUCCAAAGUAUUCCCACGCAUAAUAGAGUGAUUGUAUAUACAUGUAAGUAAGGUUUGAAAUUAUUAUGUUUUAGUCAAAUAUUAUAUCUGUUUAGGCUUCUUGCGGUCAAUUAGCAGUCUACAAAUUAUUUGUAAUUAUGUUCUGGCCCUCUCACCAUCCACUCAAGAAAACAUCCACCCAUGGCUGAAUCUAGUUGAUGAUCGCUAACUUAAGAUUCUGCCACUUUUCAACCUCAUAUUCAUUAUCUCCAGCACAAUAACAUGUCUACAUACGUGAAAACUGCGUGUUUCUAUGAUCUGUGGUUAAAGAUAAUAAGAAAGGUACUAAAAAAUGCUUCUCUGUGACAUCACAAGGUAGAAAACAGUAAUUUUCUAAACCUGCAACAAAAUCUAGUCAGAGAGAAGGUAUUUACUUUCUCCCCAAUGUUUCAAAAUCACUGUUCUUAAAAUGUUUUAGCUUCUGAUGAUGUCAUCGGGUAGAACGUUUUUCCUUUAUGUUUUUAGAAAGGUGCUGUUUUAGCUGUUUAAGGGUUGUGACAACAUUUGAUUUUAUAAUCACUCCCAGUAGAUAUAGACAUGCACAAUCAAUCACUCUAUUACAAUAAGUAGCUACUGUGACCUACUUUACAUAUAUAAUGUCAAUACCUACAAUUAUGGUAUAGGGUGGUUGGUUGUGUACACUCUAUUUUUAUUUUUAGGGGGUAGAUGAGCUUUAAUAUUGCAGAUAGAAUGUGGCUUACUUCAAUGUAAUUGUCUGCAACAUUUAUAAUCCCCCAUAUAUUUUUUUGUAAAUAUAUAAUAUAUAUAUAUAUAUAUAUAUAUAUAUAUAUAUAUAUACAGUGGGGAGAACAAGUAUUUGAUACACUGCCGAUUUUGCAGGUUUUCCUACUUACAAAGCAUGUAGAGGUCUGUAAUGUUUAUCAUAGGUACAUUUCAACUGUGAGAGACGGAAUCUAAAACAAAAAUCCAGAAAAUCACAUUGUAUGAAUUUUAAGUAAUUAAUUUGCAUUUUAUUGCAUGGCAUAAGUAUUUGAUACAUCAGAAAAGCAGAACUUAAUGUUUGGUACAGAAACCUUUGUUUGCAAUUACAGAGAUCAUACGUUUCCUGUAGGUCUUGACCAGGUUUGCACACACUGCAGCAGGGAUUUUGGCCCACUCCUCCAUACAGACCUUCUCCUGAUCCUUCAGGUUUCGGGGCUGUCGCUGGGCAAUACAGACUUUCAGCUCCCUCCAAAGAUUUUCUAUUGGGUUCAGGUCUGGAGACUGGCUAGGCUACUCCAGGACCUUGAGAGGCUUCUUACGGAGCCACUCCUUAGUUGCCCUGGCUGUGUGUUUCGGGUCGUUGUCAUGCUGGAAGACCCAGCCACAACCCAUCUUCAAUGCUCUUACUGAGGGAAGGAGGUUGUUGGCCAAGAUCUCGCAAUACAUGGCCCCAUCCAUCCUCCCCUCAAUACGGUGCAGUCGUUCUGUCCCCUUUGCAGAAAAGCAUCCCCAAAGAAUGAUGUUUCCACCUCCAUGCUUCACGGUUGGGAUGGUGUUCUUGGGGUUGUACUCAUCCUUCUUCUUCCUCCAAACACGGCGAGUGGAGUUUAGAUCAAAAAGCUCUAUUUUUGUCUCAUCAGACCACAUGACCUUCUCCCAUUCCUCCUCGGGAUCAUCCAGAUGGUCAUUGGCAAACUUCAGACGGGCCUGGACAUGCGCUGGCUUGAGCAAGGGGACCUUGCAUGCGCUGCAGGAUUUUAAUCCAUGAUGGCGUAGUGUGUUACUAAUGGUUUUCUUUGAGACUGUGGUCCCAGCUCUCUUCAGGUCAUUGACCAGGUCCUGUCGUGUAGUUCUUGGCUGAUCCCUCACCGUCCUCAUGAUCAUUGAUGCCCCACGAGGUGAGAUCUUGCAUGGAGCCCCAGACCGAGGGUGAUUGACCGUCAUCUUGAACUUCUUCCAUUUUCUAAUAAUUGUGCCAACAGUUGUUGCCUUCUCACCAAGCUGCUUGCCUAUUGUCCUGUAGCCCAUCCCAGCCUUGUGCAGGUCUACAAUUUUAUCCCUGAUGUCCUUACACAGCUCUCUGGUCUUGGCCAUUGUGGAGAGUUUUGAAUAUGGAGUAUGUUUGAUUGAGUGUGUGGACAGGUGUCUUUUAUACAGGUAACGAGUUCAAACAGGUGCAGUUAAUACAGGUAAUGAGUGGAGAACAGGAGGGCUUCUUAAAGAAAAACUAACAGGUCUGUGAGAGCCGGAAUUCUUACUGGUUGGUAGGUGAUCAAAUACUUAUGUCAUGCAAUAAAAUGCAAAUUAAUUACUUAAAAAUCAUACAAUUUUAUUUUCUGGAUUUUUGUUUUAGAUUCCGUCUCUCACAGUUGAAGUGUAUCUAUGAUACAAAUUACAGACCUCUACAUGCUUUGUAAGUAGGAAAACCUGCAAAAUCGGCAGUGUAUCAAAUACUUGUUCUCCCCACUGUAUAUAUGUGUAAUAUUUUCCCCUAACUCUACCAUCCCUCCCCUAAUUGAAGUAAACUAAUGGACAACAACUCUUAGGCUUCUACUUCCAGCUUAUACAUACUACGUACGUUUUAUGGACACAGUAUAUUUUACAAUAGUUAUCUUUUGUUUGUUUUUAGUCCCAUCCUUCAGCUCCACUCAACCCCUCCCAUCUAUCUCUGAACAACAUCCAGUUUUGAUUUCUAUUUGUCAUAUAUUUUUCAACUGUGCUGUGAUGUUUCACAAAAGUUCUGAACCUUUCUAUUCUCAUGGAUUCUACAUAUCAUAAAUUAAAGAUACCAUUUUUGCUAAGAGUAUUAUUAUAUUAUUGAUCGAUUGACUAUGACUUUUUAAAUCACCCAGAAGUGCUAUUUUCAGAGUUAGCUGCAGGUAAAUGUUGAAAUUCUUCAGCCAUUCCUGAACCUGCGACCAAAAACAAGCUACAUAUGGGCAGUACCAAAACAAGUGAUCUAAUGAUUCUGUCUCUUCGCAGCAAAAUCUGCAGAGCUGGGAUGGUUGUAUCCUCCAUAUACAUAACAUUCUAUUGGUUGCAAGAAUUUUGUAUAAUAACCAUGUUCCAUGGAAUCGGUACAUCGAAAAUCUCUUCCCAACUAUUUUGCAAUCUAUUUGGCACAGCUGUCAAUUUUUUGUUCCUUAAAUGAAACUGGUAUACUUUUUUAUUUAUCACACCUUUCUUUAGCCAAUUUUGGUCUUUAAUGCAGGGCCGACAGACAUGUUCCUUACUUUCUCCCCCUUCGACUUGCCUCUUCCAUUUUUGCGGUAAUGCUGCAAUCAGUUGGUUGUAAUUUUGAUUAGAGCAGACAUUUCCAUAUAUUUUUGUUAGCUGCAUGUGUGACACAACUCCACCAGUCCUAUUUAAGUUAUCAUUUACAAAGAUUAUACCUUUUUUUUUUUUUUUUUUUUAAAUACAGUGGGGAAAAAAAGUAUUUAGUCAGCCACCAAUUGUGCAAGUUCUCCCACUUAAAAAUAUGAGAGAGGCCUGUAAUUUUCAUCAUAGGUACACGUCAACUAUGAAAGAGAAAAUGAGGAAAAAAAAUCCAGAAAAUCACAUUGUAGGAUUUUUAAUGAAUUUAUUUGCAAAUUAUGGUGGAAAAUAAGUAUUUGGUCAAUAACAAAAGUUUCUCAAUACUUUGUUAUAUACCCUUUGUUGGCAAUGACACAGGUCAAACGUUUUCUGUAAGUCUUCACAAGGUUUUCACACACUGUUGCUGGUAUUUUGGCCCAUUCCUCCAUGCAGAUCUCCUCUAGAGCAGUGAUGUUUUGGGGCUGUCGCUAGGCAAUACGUACUUUCAACUCCCGCCAAAGAUUUUCUAUGGGGUUGAGAUCUGGAGACUGGCUAGGCCACUCCAGGACCUUGAAAUGCUUCUUACAAAGCCACUCCUUUGUUGCCCGGGCGGUGUGUUUGGGAUCAUUGUCAUGCUGAAAGACCCAGCCACGUUUCAUCUUCAAUGCCCUUGCUGAUGGAAGGAGGUUUUCACUCAAAAUCUCAUGAUACAUGGCCCCAUUCAUUCUUUCCUUUACACGGAUCAGUCGUCCUGGUCCCUUUGCAGAAAAACAGCCCCAAAGCAUGAUGUUUCCACCCCCAUGCUUCACAGUAGGUAUGGUGUUCUUUGGAUGCAACUCAGCAUUCUUUGUCCUCCAAACACGACGAGUUGAGUUUUUACCAAAAAAUUCUAUUUUGGUUUCAUCUGACAUUCUCCCAAUCCUCUUCUGGAUCAUCCAAAUGCACUCUAGCAAACUUCAGACGGGCCUGGACAUGUACUGGCUUAAGCAGGGGGACACGUCUUGUACUGCAGGAUUUGAGUCCCUGGCAGCGUAGUGUGUUACUGAUGGUAGGCUUUGUUACUUUGGUCCCAGCUCUCUGCAGGUCAUUCACUAGGUCCCCCCGUGUGGUUCUGUGAUUUUUGCUCACCGUUCUUGUGAUCAUUUUGACCCCACAGGGUGAGAUCUUGCGUGGAGCCCCAGAUCGAGGGAGAUUAUCAGUGGUCUUGUAUGUCUUCCAUUUCCUAAUAAUUGCUCCCACAGUUGAUUUCUUCAAACCAAGCUGCUUACCUAUUGCAGAUUCAGUCUUCCCAGCCUGGUGCAGGUCUACAAUUUUGUUUCUGGUGUCCUUUGACAGCUCUUUGGUCUUGGCUUUAGUGGAGUUUGGAGUGUGACUGUUUGAGGUUGUGGACAGGUGUCUUUUAUACUGAUAACAAGUUCAAACAGGUGCCAUUAAUACAGGUAACGAGUGGAGGACAGAGGAGCCUCUUAAAGAAGAAGUUACAGGUCUGUGAGAGCCAGAAAUCUUGCUUGUUUGUAGGUGACCAAAUACUUAUUUUCCACCAUAAUUUGCAAAUAAAUUCAUUAAAAAUCCUACAAUGUGAUUUUCUGGAUUUUUUUUUCUCAUUUUGUCUGUCAUAGUUGACGUAUCAAUAUAUAGUUUUUUGGGAUAAAUUAGUAUGUUUGAGUUUAACCACAAUGUUUGUUGUAAUAUUUAUUCUGUCUUUUCUGGUGUAUUAAACUGAAAAAUCCUUACAAUUAACUUCGGUUAGUGGAGAUGAAGGAGAUUGAAACAAAAACAUAUGCUUAAAGUACUUUGCUUCCUCUUUCAGAAUAUCGUUUGGUUAGGUGACUUUUUUAAAUGGUGCAUUUUUCCCCAUAUUCCAUCCAGUUAGCCUUAUUUGUUAAAUAUAUUACAUGUGAUCUCUUUUUAUUAAGUUCCUCCAUUUCUUUUAGUUUUUCCUCCAUAUGUGAAUUGAUAAGAGCGUCUGCUAUGUGACUAACAACAUUCUAUUUCUAUAAGUGUAAUUUUUUUGAAAUUCUUACAUUUAGCAAACGCUCUUAUCCAGAGCGACUUACAGUUAGUGAGUGCAUACAUUUUUUUUUCUUACUGGCCACCCGUGUGAAACGAAACCACAACCCUAGCGUUGCAAGCGCCAUGCUCUACCAACUGAACUACACGAAAGUGUGUAAUUAUUUUAAGAUGAUCAUACCAUAAUCAUUCAGCUAUUUUAUUUGUAAUUUUAGCAUCCCUUUAGGUGUCAUUUCUAUUUAAAAAUUGUAUGAUUUGAUAUUGAAAUAUAGAAUUUGGCCUUUACUACUAUAGCCCAUAGAAACGCAUUGAAUAACACAUUAAUAAAUGGCAAUAAAGACAGGCAAAAAUGUAUCAUAAGGAAUAAGGGUUUGAAGUGUCUGUCCUAUAUCUAAGAGAUAAAAGAAAGCUCAGGAAAUAUAUAUAUAUUUUUUACAUACAGGGGUGCGUCAAUAGACUCUUAAGGAUGACAUGUAUAUUCUCUAUCUCACUCUCUCUCUCUUCCAUUCCCCAGCUAAGAUGUCGUCUCAGGUUUCCUCUAACUCUACCAUGUCCGUGUCUGAGGACGACGCCCUUCCCUUCCUCUACCGCCUGGUCUUGCUGUCCAUCUACAGCCUGGUCCUGGUCAUCGGGACCAUCGGGUUGGGCCUGAUUAUCCACAUCCUCCAAAACAACAUGAGAUCAGUCAUCACCAUCGCUUUGCUCAACCUCACCCUGGCCCACUUAUUUUUCCUGCUCACUGUUCCCUUCAGGAUCUACUACUAUGUGGCUGGGUACUGGGGGCUGGGGAAGCCGCUGUGUAAGGUGGUCAGCAGCAUGAUCCACGUGCACAUGUACAUGGCGUUUUUUUUCUACGUGGUCAUCCUCGUCAUACGACUGCUGGGAUUCCGAAGCAAGAAGGACCGCUACGAGUUCUAUAGGUAGUUAACCAUGUUCUAGAGGUAGUUAACUUUGUUCUACACAGGUAGUUAACUGUGUCUACAGGUAGUUAACCAUGUCCUAGAGGUAGUUAACUGUGUUCUACAGGUAGUUAACCAUGUUCUACAGGUAGUUAACUGUGUUCUACAGGUAGUUAACUGUGUUCUACAGGUAGUUAACCAUGUUCUACAGGUAGUUAACUGUGUUCUACAGGUAGUUAACCAUGUUCUAGAGGUAGUUAACUUUGUUCUACACAGGUAGUUAACUGUGUUCUACAGGUAGUUAACCAUGUUCUACAGGUAGUUAACCAUGUUCAAGAGGUAGUUAACCAUGUUCUACAGGUAGUUAACUGUGUUCUACAGGUAGUUAACCGUGUUCUACAGGUAGUUAACUGUGUUCUACAGGUAGUUAACCAUGUUCUUCAGGUAGUUAACUGUGUUCUACAGGUGGUUAACCGUGUUCUACAGGUAGUUAACCAUGUUCUACAGGUAGUUAACCAUGUUCUACAGGUAGUUAAUCAUGUUCUAGAGGUAGUUAUACAACGGGUGGGUCUAAUCCUGGACGCUGAUUGGUUAAAACUGCAUUCCAGCCGGUGUCUAUUCCACAAGUUACCACCGGCUAAAGCUAUGACGUUGAAAUGCUUAUUUACUCUGUUCCAUCUCACUGCGCAAUCCACUGUCUCAUCAGCCCAGCCAGGCAAUUUAUACGUUUGAUCUCCACUGUAAAAAGCAUCUAGACAUGAUCUCCCAUUUCUUUUAGACUAGCAAUUGGUUUUCAAUAGCUGAGAUUUGUAGAAAGUUUGCUGUAUGUCUCUCUGACAUUUGCAACAUUGUUUCAAUAUUGAAAUUCAAUAUCCAGCUGUCCUGUAGUCAUGAACGUGUGGGGUCAGGAGUCUUGACGAGACAGACAGGCAGGGAGCUUUUCUCAGCCAGUCGAAAUCAUGAAUCAGCAUCAUUUUUAUGGAUAUAUACAAAGAAAUGUCAAUAGAAAACAGUUAAAACUAAACGAGAUGCAGCUAGUUUGCAGUCUUUCCAGCUUCAGUUUGAAAUGAUUGUGUUAACUGUGUUGUUGGCUAGCUCCUCUGUUGAGAGAGCACAUUUUCUAUGCCACGCAUCAUUAACUCAUUGUUAUGGAUGUAUCCUAAUAAAAGUCACUAGAAAACAGCUUAAACAAAUGCAAAUGCAGUUACUCUGCUGUUAUUCUGGCUGCACUGUUUGUGUUAGCGUAAAGUUGGCUAGCUAGCAAGCAAGGGAUAAGAACAUUGCCAGCCGUCAUGGCAACGGAACAUUUAGAACGAACGACUGGGUCGCGUCCAUAGAUUUAUAUAAAAAAUACUUAACGACUGGGUCGCGUCUCUGGCAACCGAACCGAUAGAAUGAACGACCAGCUGGCUUGGGUAGCAACCCUAGAUUUGUGCCGGGACUAUAUCUCGUGAAAGGAUUAAAUACUAUGAAUAAAUUAAUCCAAAUAAUGAUUUUAAUGCAAAUGUCAAUCAUUAUUUGAAUAUGUUGAUAACCCGUUGUCUCGGGCCUAGCAACACCCGUGCCAAUACAGUGCAUUCGGAAUGUAUUCAGACCCCUUCACUUUUUCAGAAUUUUGUUACGUUAUAGCCUUAUUUUAAAAUGGAUUAAAUAAAUGUUUUCCCUCAUCAAUCUACACACAAUAGCCCAUAAUGACAAAGCAAAAACAGUUUUUUUUACCUUAUUUACAUAAGUAUUCAGACCCUUUGCUAUGAGACUCGAAAUUGAGCUCAGGUGCAUCCUGUUUCCAUUGAUUAUCCUUAAGAUGUUUCUACAACUUGAUUGGAGUCCACCUGUGGUAAAUUCAAUUGAUUGGACAUGAUUUGGAAAGGCACACACCUGUCUAUAUAAGGUCCCACAGUUGACAGUGCAUGUCAGAGCAAAAACCAAGCCAUGACGUCGAAGGAAUUGUCCAUAGAGCUCCGAGAUAGGAUUGUGUCGAGGCACAGAUCUGGGGAAGGGUACCAAAACAUUUCUGCUGCAUUGAAGGUCCCCAAGAACACAGUGGCCUCCAUCAUUCUUAAAUGGAAGAAGUUUGGAACCACCAAGACUCUUUCUAGAUCUGGCCACCCAGACAAACAAAAUAGCCUAAUCUUCAUGACUAAUUUAGACAUCAAACAGUGUCAAGGUUCUGGUUUAAUGAUUCUAAAAAUGUUAGGCAUAACAAUGUUUAUGGUAAAAUGUCAUCAUAAUGAAUAAGGUUUUGAAGUGUCUAUCCUAUAUCUAGGAGAUAUAAGUAAGCUCAGGAAUGUUUAAAGAUUUUUUGGACACAUAUUUAAUACUUUAUAUUAUCGUUGGCACAAAACUACCUCCAUACUUCCAUUCGUUUGUAUUGGUUACCUUCAGACGAGUCCUGUGACACUUGUGGGGGUGGUAGAGCAAAACAUAAUGUUUGUGAGAGUCUCCCAUUUCCAUAGUUGUCAUAAUAGUUUGGAAGCCAAACUGUUCGGACUCUACAGUCGUGGUCAAACGUUUUGAGAAUGACACAAAUACUAAUUUUCACAAAGUCUGCUGCCUCAGUUUUGAUUAUGGCAAUUUGCAUAUACUCCAGAAUGUCAUGAAGAGUAAUCAGAUGAAUUGCAAUUAAUUGCAAAGUCCAUCUUUGCCAUGAAAAUGAACGUAAUCCCAAAACAACAUUUCCACUGCAUUUCAGCCCUGCCACAAAAGGACCAGCUGCCAUCAUGUCAGUGAUUAUCUCGUUAACACAGGUGAGAGUUUUGACGAGGACAAGGCUGGAGAUCACUCUGUCAUGCUGAUUGAGUUAGAAUAACAGACUGGAAGCUUUAAAAGGAGGGUGGUGCUUGAAAUCAUUGUUCUUCCUCUGUUAACCAUGGUUACCUGCAAUGAAACACGUGCCGUCAUCAUUGCUUUGCACAAAAAGGGCUUCACAGGCAAGGAUAUUGCUGUUAGUAAGAUUGUACCUAAAUCAACCAUUUAUCGGAUCAUCAAGAACUUCAAGGAGAGAGGUUCAAUUGUUGUGAAGAAGGCUUCAGGGUGCCCAAGAAAGUCCAGCAAGCGCCAGGACCGUCUCCUAAAGUUGAUUCAGCUGCGGGAUCAGGGCACCACCAGUGCAGAGCUUGCUCAGGAAUGGCAGCAGGCAGAUGUGAGUGCAUCUGCACGCACAGUGAGGCGAAGACUUUUGGAGGAUGGCCUGGUGUCAAGAAGGGCAGCGAGGAAGCCACUUCUCAUAUCUUAAUGUAAUUGUCAAUAAAAGCCAUUGACACUUAUGUAAUUAUACUUCAGUAUAACAUAGUAACAACUGACAAAAAUAUCUCAUAACACUGAAGCAGCGAACUUUGUGAAGACCAAUACUUGUGUCAUUCUCAAAACCUUUGACCACGACUGUACAGUAAUUUUCAUGAGAAGACCGAUUUUCAGGAUGUCUCAUGGUCUGACAAACAUUGCUGUAGCUCGGCCACCUUCCACCGCAGAUGCGGAAGGGCGACAUUGGCAGAUGUGGUGGAUUGAGACGCAGCUCAUGUACAAAAACUGAUAUAUCUAGUUUAAACUGAUGGAUUUUUAUGGGAAUAGUUUUAUUAUGUUACUUAAAUAUAGACUCUUAAGGAUUAUUAAAUGAGUUCUACAGGUAGUUAACCGUCCGUGUUAUACUGGUAGAGUGUUCUAGAAGUAGUAGAGGUUAGAGAGGUGGACCAUAUACCUCUCAAUGUGUGUCGUGGCAUAGGGAAUGGGAAAGGCAAAUAUCAGUUUCUCACAAAAUCACUGAAGUUCUCUUCUCUUCCUUGCUCUUCUUCAGGAAGUUGCAUGCUUUUGUCGCCAGUGUGGCGGUGUGGGUGGUGGUCUUCGUGGUCAUUUUCCCACUCCUCUAUUUCAACUACGGCAAGGAAGACCACGAAGACAGCACCAACCACAACAGAAACAAGACGGCCUCCAAUGUCUCCCAAUGUUUCCAGUUCGGCAGCCACCUGAAAAAGCAUGUUGUCGUCAAAAUGCUGAACUACAUCAUGAGCACUGUGAUCAUCAUCGUGGCCUGUGUGCUGACAGCACUGCAGUGUCACGUCAUGAUCCUUCUGACGAGGAAGUACGGGCGAGACUGCAGGUCUCACCAGGAGUUCUGGGCUCAGCUGAAGAGCCUGUGUUUUGUUCUGGUGCUGCUGGUGUGUUUCGCCCCCUAUCACGUGUUCAGAAUUUACUACCUGGGAAACCUGCUGCAGCUGGAGGCCCCUAACGAGGUGUUCCUCAGUCUCACGGCCCUCAGCUGUUUUGACAUGUUUACCUUCCUAGGGAGGGGACACUGCUAUAUGUGUGACAGAGGGCGGACUGUGUGACCUCUUUUCACAUGACCUAAAACCAAGAACUCAGCGCCAAAUCCUCGCCGUAAGAUUGCUUCCCUUUUAAACAGUACUUUAUCGCCAUCUACUGGUUGUUCAUGUAGCUACACAACAAAGUCUACUGUAGGUCUACUGUAGUUUGACUAUACAGGACUCAAAUGUAUUUUGCAUCAUAUUGGAAUUUAAAAUAACUCGUGCCAAUGACGUUUCUCUCAAUAUGUCGAGUUCAAUCUUUGCAAAAACUUUUUGUAACGGCAAGAUCUGGCUACAGAUGAUCUAAAUAUUGUAAUAAAUAAAUAAAUGGCUAAAAUGUUACUGUUCUACUAUUAUUUUGUGAAACAUUACCUCCUCCUCACCCUUUACCCCCGUCUCGACAGAAUAGGCAAUGCUGACCACACACGCACCUAUAUUAUUUUCCCUCAGUUUUAUGGAGGCUAGUUACUGUUUAACGUCCCCACCCUACUUUCAGUUUGUUUAGUAAAUCGAUCUAAUGACAACCGAAGCCGGCGCCAUCCAAUGUGUCGCUCAAUGAAUUAUAGGCCCAUAGCUUUCCUUUCCAACCUUCCAUGUGUUGUUGCAACUACUCGCCCACGACUCUCUCAUUUCGUGUGGUGCCACGGGAGGACAAGUGUCAAAGCUGGUGGCUAGUAUACAGGUGGUCUAGCGUCCUGUUGGAUUAAUGCACAUCGCUGACGGACCAAGUGAAAGGUAAGCGGUCUCCUUUGAAGUAACAAAAAAUUAACAUAUGAUAUUUGUUGCCUAAAUCUUAUAUAGUUCAGUUAUUACAGUUUAAUAGUCUGAUCAGUCACUUUGUUGCGUGUUUUAAGGUGAGACAUCAGCUCAUUCCAUACCGUACCUUGUCGGUUCGGCAGUAUUUGAUACUGAAGUGCAGUUCGCGAACGAUUCGUUCUUUUUGAACGACUCUUUUUACUGACUAGAGAGUCAGUCAUUCGUUUUUAUGAGUGACUCGUUCAUUUUAGUGUUUCGUUUGACCUGUUGGCCGCAAUGAAUUUGUCGUGCUAUGUGGGAUCCUUGGGACCUCCCUACCCUAAACCCUAACCCUAACCUUCACCCCUACCCUUACCCUUACCCUAACCAUAACCCUUACCUAACCCUAACCUUAACCCUUACCUUAACCAUUUUAAAGAUGCGCUAUGCAGAAAUCGCUCUGCCAUUUCCUGGUUGCUACAAUUCUAAUAGUUAGCCUAAUUUCAGUUUAUGUGACAAAACAAGCAAAUAUAGUGUAGAUAAUCAUUGUACCAUUUAAACCGCUGUGAAAUAUAUUUUCCAUAAGCAAAAAUAUUGUAUUUUCAGCUGUUUGAAGCUGGUGUACAAAACCUAAAGUAAAACAUGCAAAAACAAAACUUAAGAAUGUGAAGCAUAAAAAUAGCACACAUAGAACAUAUCUGCUGCUUCUUAGACUUUAAAUUUCAACUUCAAUGUGGAGGGGAUUAAUAUGCGCUCCUCCCGUGACUGCAGAGGCCUGCUCAGACCAAUAACCGUCUGUCAUAUAUGCACGCAGGCAAAAUAGAUCAUGCUGCAGGCAGCAAAAAGAAGAAAACACAUGUUUAGAACUGAUAAUUUAUGGCAUGGUGCAAGAAUUCAUGCAAUUAAUUGAUCAUUGAAUGCUAUGAUGGUCACAUCCAGUGGUGUAGUGGAGGGUAGACGCAGGUAUACGCCAUAUACCCUCUUGUUUUUCAGUGGGCAUUGCAUAUACUCACUUCUUAAAACCGACUGAUACUAUCCCUGUAGCUCAGUUGGUAGAGCAUGGCGCUUGCAACGCCAGGGUUGUGGGUUCGUUUCCCACGGGGGCCCAGUAUGAAAAUGUAUGCACUCACUAACUGUAAGUCGCUCUGGAUAAGAGUGUCUACUAAAAUGUGAAAUGUAUCAAAGUAGUGGUAUUGGAGGUAUACGCCACAUCAAUCAAUAGGGCUGAUGGAACAGAUCGGAAUGUUUAGCUUAAAAUGUUGAUGAACUAUUCUUUCUUCACUUUUUAGGCGCAUAAAUGUAUACACGCAGUAGGCCUACGCUUCAAUGUUCCUAAAUGCAAUUUGCGGGAAAACACAGUUCUAAAAUGCGCAACGCACAGGUAAACCGGUUUAUGGAGAGAUAUGGAAAUAUCCGUUAGAAAGAUGGGGGAUUUAAAGAUGUAUCAUGGGUUGCUAAUAUGAUUAGGAUAAUGCCUUUGGCUGCUAGACAAUUAACGAAAAUUGAAAUAAAACCAAUAGAACAUAUAUGGAACGUAUAUGUGUAUGUCUUUAGAUAAUUUAUUUUUAAAAAAUCCUCCACGUUUCUAUGGUGGGAUUUUGGCUAUAGGCUACUUUGAAUCAAGGUAAGACAUACCUCAUAAUAUGAAGUAAAACGUCCAGGUUUCAAACAAUUAAGGAACAGGAAAAAUAUAGCAAUGCUAAUGAUAGGCCUAACCGUCUUCUGGUAGAUGGAAAGGCUUUCCAAAAAACCUUCUCUAUCAAUAAACAUUUACAUUUUAGUCAUUUAGCAGACACUCUUAUCCAGAGCGACUUACAGUUAGUGCAUACAUUAUUUUGUUUCAUACCCCCUGUGGGAAUCGAACCUACAACCCUGGCGUUGCAAACGCCAUGCUGUAUCAACUGAGCUACAUCCCUGCCGGCCAUUUCCUCCCCUACCCUGGAAGACGUUGGGCCAAUUGCGGGCCGCCCCAUGGGUCUCCCGGUCGCGGCCGGCUACAACAGAGCCUGGAUUCGAACCAGGAUCUCUAGUGGCACAGCUAGACCACUGCACCACUCGUGAUUAUUUGCACCUGUCAUGAUUAUUUGCAUCAAUCCAGUGGCCAUUUGUUUUGCAAACUCCAUCUCAUGUGCUACAGAAACACUGCAAACCAAACAACAGUGCUAGGUGCUUGCACACUUGAAUUAAAGGGUAACUACACUCCAAAAUCAACAUUUCUUAUAUUUUCCCCAGACCUCAAAAGUGGUCUCCUGAUGUGGUUUAAGCAUUGUUAUUGUUAUGUUUGUUGUUUUUCUGUUUAAAAAAGUGUGACUUUGACAACAAAAACCAGAUUUUUUGGGGGGAAAUUCUGAAACCGGUGAAUUACGAACAAAUUUGACAGCUUCAUUUAUCUGGUUCAAGAGUAGACCUACUAUUAGCCUACUGCACAGUACAGCUUGGGUUGGCCUGACUGUGAAAGACCAAUAUGGGAUUUAUCAUUUUAGGUCAUUCAGAGUGUAUGUCACUGUUUCUCAUAGAAUGUUUCACACAGGGCACCUUUCCUUUGCCAGUCGGCGGCUGUUUGGAAAAAUGUUGGCAAACUUAGAGCAUACUCACUUCUCCAGGCACCACUACACCACUGGACACAGCUUUGUAGAAUCAAAACAUACACAGCAUCUCUAACAAACUCUAAUUCGAGAACGAAUCGUUUGGGGUGUUGCAGUUUGCGAACGAUAUUGUCCAUAUCACCCUCACGGCAUUCAAGCAAUGCAUUCCGCCAAUCUAGUCCGGUUGCGGCCACAACCUAUGGAAAAACCAAUCUACAUUUAACUAUAGAAUUUACACAUCAGAUAAUGAAAACUUGGUGCAAGUAAUGGGCUUUGUCGAGUUACAAGUAACAUAAACACACCUCGAAUGCCAAAAUCGCAACGCUUGUGUUACGCAAUGCCAAUUAUAAUGUGGAAGUGGAUGUCACAUUCCAGCUAUGGGGCUUCUAUACGGCGUUAGCGUUUCCAUGUUGUGAUGUGCCUCUUCAAUUCCAGACAUUAGCUUUUCAUUACAAGGAGACCACGGCCACACACUCGCCCCUGCUCCUCAACCCACAAAAUUGCACCUCUAUCCACACAAUCACACUUGAUCAAGUUUACUUUUAUCAAAGCAACCAAUGAGGUGCGUGUAAUGCUUAUUAAUCCAGUGAUCUAAAAUACGAUCAUUCAUGUUGAAUAACAUAAUAUUAGUUUCAAUGUUUCAUUUUCAAUUUUCUGAUCUACUCAUAACAUUUAAAAUUAGAAACUGAGUUUCAGUUUUUCCAUUUCUAAUUUUUAUACCAUGUAAAAUUGAGAUUUUUAUAUAGUUUUUCAAAUUUUCAAAUUUACCUUGUUUCAAAAUUUAGAAGAAAUAUUGGUGCGGUUAGGAAAACUGGGUGAUUUCUAAACACGUGGUUCAAGUGGACGCUACUAUUGAGCAGGGAGCCUUCUCAUUCAAAGUGGUAAAUUAAUGGGGGUACUUUGGAUGAGAAAUCUCUCUCUCUCACACACACACACACACACACUCACAAGCUCACACACUCACACACACACACACACACACACACACACACACACACACACACACACACACACACACACACACACACACACACACACACACACACACACACACACACACACACACACACACACACACACACACACACACACACACACACACACACACACACACACACACACACCUCUACACACACACCUCUACACACACACACACACACCAAGUUUCCCACUGGCAACUUCAGACUGUAAGCAUACACUCUAUUAAAACGGCCAUGAUGUGUUAUGAGCACAACCAAAUGAAGAAACUCUCUUUGCACUGUCACGGACUGAGAAGAGACCUGGGACUGAGUCACACCGAAUUCGCUAUAACGUUCUGCUGCGUAGCCUAGGCGAACACCUUGCAUAGCCUACAGUAGUUUAGAAAGUCUAACAGCUAGGCCUAUAUGACAAAAGGGACGUUCAGAAUAGGGGGGAACAAAACAACCUGUGCGUAAUGGCAAUGACAUUUACAUUACAUUUUACAUUUAGCAGACGCUCUUAUCCAGAGCGACUUACAGUUAGUGAAUACAUAUUUUUUUAUUUUUUUAUUUUUUUUAUACUGGCCCCCCAUGGGAAUUGAACCCACAACCCUGGCGUUGCAAACGCCAUGCUCUAUCAACUGAGCUACAUCCCUGCCGGCCAUUCCCUCCCCUACCCUGGACGACGCUGGGCCAAUUGUGCGCCGCCCAUGAGUCUCCCGGUCGCGGCCGGCUGCGACAGAGCCUGGAUUCGAACCAGGAUCUCUAGUGGCACAGAUUAGCACUGCGAUGCAGUGCCUUAGACCAAAUCCAUGGUGCUUUACUUACAGUAUUUCCCCCUUAUGACAACUAUCCUUCUAACGACUGUAGGCUAAUUGUCUUGGGAUCCUGGAGAACAGGAGCUAUGAGUGUGUAUGUGUCCCAUGUCGAGCUGCCCUCCAAAUUCGCUACAACAACUCUAUUUUGCAGCCCAUUAUAAACCCAGACUAAACCUACAGCGGCCCACUAGAUUGAGAACCCAUAACCUGUUGGAUGACAGUAGGUUACAGUGGGUAAGUGAAAGUAAAUUAGACUAUAUCAUAUUGAUGAUAUAGGCCUAUCCAACGGCUGCGGGAGGAGUGAACCAGGGAUUUUAGGGAAACGUGUCUGUUGGAGAGGCAACUCAAGGACCUGCAAGCUGUAUAUAGGCGCUGUUUGAAUUCAUGGAUUCGGAAAGUAUUCAGACCCCUUGACCUUUUCCACUUUUUUUUACGUUACAGCCUUAUUCUCAAUUGGAUUACAUUAUUUUUUUCCUCAUCAAUCUACACAAUACUCCAUAACGUCAAAGCGAAAACAGGUUUUUAGAAUUGUUUUCAAAUGUAUUAAAAAUAAAAAACAGAAAUACCUUAUUUACAUAAGUAUUCAGACCCUUUGCUAUGAGACCCAAAAUUGAGCUCAGGUGCAUCCGCUUUCCAUUGAUCAUCCUUGAGAUGUUUCUACAACUUGAUUGGAAUCCACAUGUGGUAAAUUCAAUUGAUUGGACAUGAUUUGGAAAGGCACACAACUGUCUAUAUAAGGUCCCACAGUUGACAGUGCAUGUCAGAGCAAAAACCAAGCCAUGAGGUCGAAGGAAUAGUCUGUAAUGCUCCGAGACAGGAUUGUGUCGAGGCACAGAUCUGGGGAAGGGUACCAAAAAUGUUUUGCAUAAUUGAAGGUCCUCAAGAACACAGUGGCCUCCAUCAUUCUUAAAUGGAAGAAGUUUGGAACCACCAAGACUCUUCCUAGAGCUGGCCGCCCGGCCAAACUGAGCAAUCGGGGGAGAAGGGCCUUGGUCAGGGAGGUGACCAGAACCCGAUGGUCACUCUGACAGAGCUCUAGAGUUCCUCUGUGGAGAUGGGAGAACCUUCCAGAAGGACAACCAUCUCUGCAGCACUCCACCAAUCAGGUCUUUAUGGUAGAGUGGCCAGAUGGAAGCCACUCCUCAGUAAAAGGCACAUGACAGCCCGCUUGGAGUUUGCCAAAAGGCACCUAAAGACUCUCAGACCAUGAGAAACAAGAUUCUCUGGUCUGAUGAAACCAAGAUUGAACUCUUUGGCCUGAAUGCCAAGCGUCACGUCUGGAGGAACCCUGGAUUUUUUUCAGCGGCAGGGACUGGGAGACUAGUCAGAAUCGAGGGAAAGAUGAACGGCGCAAAGUACAGAGAGAUCCUUGAUGAAAACCUGCUCCAGAGCGCUCAGGACCUCAGACUGGGGCGAAGGCUCACCUUCCAACAGGACAAUGACCCUAAGCACACAGCCAAGACAACUUAGGAGUGGCUUCGGGACAAGUCUCUGAAUGUCCUUGAGUGGCCCAGCCAGAGCCCAGACUUGAACCCGAUCUAACAUCUCUGGAGAGACCUGAAAAUAGCUGUGGAGCGACGCUCCCCAUCCAACCUGACAGAGCUUGAGAAGAUCUGUAGAGAGAAAUGGGAGAAACUCCCCAAAUACAGGUGUGCCAAGCUUGUAGCAUCAUACCCAAGAAGACUAGAGGCUGUAAUCGCUGCCAAAGGUGCUUUAACAAAGUAUAACAAGAGUAAAAGGUGUGAAUACUUAUGUAAACGUGAUAUUUCAGUUUCUUAUUUUCAAUACAGUUGCAAAAAAAAAUAAAUGUUUUUGCUUUGUCAUUAUGGGGUAUUGUGUGUAGAUUGAUGAGCGGGAAAAAAAACACAAUUUAACGAAUUUUAGAAUAAGGCUGUAACAUAUCAAAAUGUAGAAAAAGUCAAAGGGUCUGAAUACUUUCCAAACGCACUGUAUAUAUAUAUAUAUACAGUGAGGGAAAAAAGUAUUUGAUCCCCUGCUGAUUUUUUGCCCACUGACAAAGAAAUGACCAGUCUAUAAUUUUAAUGGUAGGUUUAUUUGAACAGUGAGAGACAGAAUAACAACAAAAAAAUCCAGAAAAACGCAUGUCAAAAAUGUUAUAAAUUGAUUUGCAUUUUAAUUAGGGAAAUAAGUAUUUGACCCCCUCUCAAUCAGAAAGAUUUCUGGCUCCCAGGUGUCUUUUAUACAGGUAACGAGCUGAGAUUAGGAGCACACUCUUAAAGGGAGUGCUCCUAAUCUCAGCUUGUUACCUGUAUAAAAGACACCUGUCCACAGAAGCAAUCAAUCAAUCAGAUUCCAAACUCUCCACCAUGGCCAAGACCAAAGAGCUCUCCAAGAAUGUAUGGGACAAGAUUGUAGACCUACACAAGGCUGGAAUGGGCUACAAGACCAUCGCCAAGCAGCUUGGUGAGAAGGUGACAACAGUUGGUGCGAUUAUUCGCAAAUGGAAGAAACACAAAAGAACUGUCAAUCUCCCUCGGCCUGGGGCUCCAUGCAAGAUCUCACCUCGUGGAGUUGCAAUGAUCAUGAGAACGGUGAGGAAUCAGCCCAGAACUACACGGGAGGAUCUUGUCAAUGAUCUCAAGGCAGCUGGGACCAUAGUCACCAAGAAAACAAUUGGUAACACACUACGCUGCGAAGGACUGAAGUCCUGCAGCGCCCGCAAGGUCCCCCUGCUCAAGAAAGCACAUAUACAGGCCCGUCUGAAGUUUGCCAAUGAACAUCUGAAUGAUUCAGAGGAGAACUGGGUGAAAGUAUUGUGGUCAGAUGAGACCAAAAUGGAUCUCUUUGGCAUCAACUCAACUCGCCGUGUUUGGAGAAGGAGGAAUGCUGCCUAUGACUCCAAGAACAACAUCCCCACCGUCAAACAUGGAGGUGGAAACAUUAUGCUUUGGGGGUGUUUUUCUGCUAAGGGGACAGGACAACUUCACCGCAUCAAAGGGAUGAUGGACGGGGCCAUGUACCAUCAAAUCUUGGGUGAGAACCUCCUUCCCUCAGCCAGGGCAUUGAAAAUGGGUCGUGGAUGGAUAUUCCAGCAUGACAAUGACCCAAAACACACGGCCAAGGCAACAAAGGAGUGGCUCAAGAAGAAUCACAUUAAGGUCCUGGAGUGGCCUAGCCAGUCUCCAGACCUUAAUCCCAUAGAAAAUCUGUGAAGGGAGCUGAAGGUUCGAGUUGCCAAACGUCAGCCACGAAACCUUAAUGAAUUGGAGAAGAUCUGCAAAGAGUAGUGGGACAAAAUCCCUCCUGAGAUGUGUGCAAACCUGGUGGCCAACUACAAGAAACGUCUGACCUCUGUGAUUGCCAAUAAGGGUUUUGCCACCAAGUACUAAGUCAUGUUUUGCAGAGGGGUCAAAUACUUAUUUCCCUCAUUAAAAUGCAAAUCAAUUUAUAACAUUUUUGACAUGCGUUUUUCUGGAUUUUGUUGUUGUUAUUCUGCCUCUCACUGUUCAAAUAAACCUACCAUUAAAAUUAUAGACUGAUCAUUUCUUUGUCAGUGGGCAAACGUACAAAAUCAGCAGGGGAUAAAAUACUUUUUUCCCUCACUGUAUAUAUAUAUAUAUAUAUAUAUAUAUAUAUAUAUAUAUAAAGAAAAACCCUUGAAUGAGUAGGCGUGUCCACACUUUUGACUGGUACUGUAUAUAUUAUCUCAGCAAAAAAAGAAACGUCCCUUUUUCAGGACCCUGUCUUUCAAAGAUAAUUAUAAAAAAUCCAAAUAACUUCACAGAUCUUCAUUGUAAAGGGUUUAAACACUGUUUCCCAUGCUUGUUCAAUGAACCAUAAACAAUUAAUGAACAUGCACCUGUGGAAUGGUCGUUAAGACACUAACAGCUUACAGACGGUAGGCAAUUAAGGUCACAGUUAUGAAAAAUUAGGACACUAAAGAGGCCUUUCUACUGACUCUGAAAAACACCAAAAGAAAGAUGCCCAGGGUCCCUGCUCAUCUGCGUGAAUGUGCCUUAGGCAUGCUGCAAGGAGGCAUGAGGACUGCAGAUGUGGCCAGGGCAAUACAUUGCAAUGUCCGUACUGUGAGACGCCUAAGACAGUGCUACAGGGAGACAGGAUCAUGUGUAACAACACCUGCACAGGAUCGGUACAUCCGAACAUCACACCUGCGGUAUAGGUACAGGAUGGCAACAACAACUGCCCGAGUUACACCAGGAACGCACAAUCCCUCCAUCAGUGCUCAGAUAAUACUCAGCAAUAGGCUGAGAGAGUCUGGACUGAGGGCUUGUAGGCCUGUUGUAAGGCAGGUCCUCACCAGACAUCACCGGCAACAACGUCGCCUAUGGGCACAAACCCACCGUCGCUGGACCAGACAGGAUUGGCAAAAAGUGCUCUUCACUGACGAGUCGCGGUUUUGUCUCACCAGGGGUGAUGGUCGGAUUUGCGUUUAUUGUCGAAGGAAUGAGCAUUACACCGAGGCCUGUACUCUGGAGCGGGAUCGAUUUGGAGGUGGAGGGUCCAUCAUGGUCUGGGGCGGUGUGUCACAACAUCAUCGGACUGAGCUUGUUGUCAUUGCAGGCAAUCUCAACGCUGUGCGUUACAGGGAAGACAUCCUCCUCCCUCAUGUGGUUCCCUUCCUGCAGGCUCAUCCUGACAUGACCCUCCAGCAUGACAAUACCACCAGCCAUACUGCUCAUUCUGUGUGUGAUUUCCUUCAAGACAGGAAUGUCAGUGUUCUGCCAUGGCCAGCGAAGAGCCUGGAUCUCAAUCCCAUUGAGCACAUCUGGGACCUGUUGGAUCGGAGUGUGAGGGCUAGGGCCAUUCCCCCCAGAAAUGUCCGGGAACUUGCAGGUGCCUUGGUGGAAGAGUGGGGUAACAUCUCACAGCAAGAGCUGGCAAAUCUGGUGCAGUCCAUGAGGAGGAGAUGCACUGCAGUACUUAAUGCAGCUGGUGACCACACUAGAUACUGACUGUUAUUUUUGAUUUUGACCCCACCUUUGUUCAGGGACACAUUAUUCAAUUUCUGUUAGAAUAAUGGUGAAGACAUCAAAACUAUGAAAUAACAGAUAUGGAAUCAUGUAGUAACCAAAAAAGUGUUAAACAAAUCAAAAUAUAUUUAUAAUUGAGAUUCUUCAAUUAGCCACCCUUUGCCUUGGUAUUCUCUCAACCAGCUUUAUGUGGUAGUCACCUGGAAUGCAUUUCAAUUAACAAGUGUGCCUUGUUAAAAGUUAAUGUGUUUGAGCCAAUCAGUUGUGUUGUGACAAGGUAGAUAUUCAGAGUAUACAGAAUAUAGCCUUAUUUGGUAAUAGACCAUAUUAUGGCAAGAACAGCUCAAAUAAGCAAAGAAAAAUGACAGUCCAUCAUUACUUUAAGACAUGAAGGUCAGUCAAUACGGAACAUUUCACAAACUUUAAAAAUGUCUUGAAGUGCAGUCGCAAAAACCAUAAUGCGCUAUGAUGAAACUGGCUCUCAUGAGGACCGCCACACGAAUGGAAGACCCAGAGUUACCUCUGCUGCAGAGGAUAAGUUAAUUAGAGUUACCAGCCUCAGAAAUUGCAUCCCAAAUAAAUGCUUCACAGAGUUCAAGUAACAGACACAUCUCAACAUCAACUGUUCAGAUGAGACUGUGUGAAUCAGGCCUUCAUGGUCGAAUUGCUUUAAAGAAACCACUACUAAAGCAUACCAAUAAGAAGAGGAGACCUGCUUGUGCCAAGAAACAUGAGCAAUGGACAUUAGACCGGUGGAAUUUGUCCUUUGGGUUGGAGUCCAAAUUUGAGAUUUUUGGUUCCAACCGCUGUGUCUUUGUGAGACGCAGAGUAGGUGAACGGAUGAUCUCCGCAUGUGUAUUUCCCACUUUAAAGGAUGGAGGAGGAGGUGUGUUGGUGUGGGGGUGCUUUGCUGGUGACACUGUCUGUGAUUUAUUUUUUAAUUCAAGGCACACUUAACCAGCAUUGCUACCACUGCAUUCUGCAGCGAUAUGCCAUCCCAUCUGGUUUGGGCUUAGUGGGACUAUCAUUUGUUUUUCAACAGGACAAUGACCCAACACUAUUUUACCAAGAAGGAGAGUGAUGGAGUGCUGCAUGAGAUGACCUGGCCACAAUCCCCCGACCUCAACACAAUUGAGAUGGUUUGGGAUGAGUCGGACUGCAGAUUGAAGGAAAAGCAGCCAGCAAGUGCUCUGCAUAUGUGGGAACUCCUUCAAGACUGUUGGAAAAGCAUUCCUCAUGAAGCUGAUUGAGAGAAUGCCAAGAGUGUGCAAAGCUGUCAUCAAGGCAAAGGGUGGCUAUUUGAAGAAUCUCAACUAUAAAAUAUAUUUUGAUUUGUUUAACACUUUUUUGGUUACUACAUGAUUCCAUAUGUGUUAUUUCAUCGUUUUGUUGUCUUCACUAUUAUUCUACAAUGUUCAAAAUAGUAAAAAUAAAGAAAAACCCUUGGAAUGAGUAGGUGUGUCCAAUCUUUUGACUGGUAGUGUAUAUAUACAGUGGUGUAAAAAGUAACCAAUUGUCAGACUUGAGUAAAAGUAAAGAUACCUUAAUAGAAAAUUACUGAAGUAAAAGUGAAUGUCACCCAGUAAAAUACGACUUGAGUAAAAGUCUAAAAGUAUUCGGUUUUAAAUAUACUGAAGUAUCAAAGUAAAUGUAAUUGCUAAACUAUACUUAAGUAUCAAAAGUUAAAGUAUAUAUAAUUUCAAAUUCCUUAUGUUCAGCAAAUGGAGAUGGCACAAUCUUUUUACAUUUUACGGCUAGCAAGGGGCACACUCCAACACUCAGAUAUAAUUUACGAUGAAGCAUUUGUAUUUAGUGAGUCCGCCAGAUCAGAGGCAGUAGAGAUGACCAGGGAUGUUCUCUUGAUAAGUGAAUGAAUUGAACCAUUUUCCUGUCCUGCUAAGCAUUCAAAAUGUAACUUGUGCUUUUGGGUGUCAGGGAAAAUGUAUGGAGUAAAAAGAACAUUUUCUUUAGGAAUGUGGUGAAGUAAAAGUAAAAGUCGUCAAAAAUAUUAAUAGUAAAGUAAAAUACAGAUAUUCCAAAAAACUACUUAAUUAGUAUUUUAAAGUAUUUUUACUUAAGUACUUUACACCACUGUAUGUAUAUAUAUAUAUAUAUAUAUAUAUAUAUAUAUAUAUAUAUUGAUAACUUGAUAAAAUAGACUAGAGACAGGUGUCCCUCAUUUAGGGGCAGCGCUCUCUCUCUGUCUUCUCGUGGUCCGAUUCACACAUGGUACUACUGAUAAAUAAUAAACUUAUUCUAAUUAUUAGUGUUUACAUAGCCCAUUUAAAUCUCACCCAAAGUCUCCAGUCUUUCUAGUGUGAGAGCAAAAAUGACUAGAUGAUGUUAUAAUACUGUUAUUGCAUCAAAUUGUUGUUUUCUGCAAUAGAAUACGGUUCUUAGAACUCUCAUGUGAUAGAUUUACGUUGCCUUUGGUGAUAAAACCUACAGCAUGCAUUCCAUAGAAUGAGUUGGUGUUUGUGUAAUGACGUACAAGGGAGAGAUGGCUCGGGUAUGGAUAAUGAUGAGAGGAAGCUUGUUUUGGGGGCCAAACUCUGGUUUCUGUACAAUAAGUACAGUCUUCACGGCAAAUGCUAUCUGGCUGGGAGAUACUCCUUUCUCAUAUAUCAAGUCUCACCUUGUGACCCAUUCCAUACAUCUGUUAUUUGUCAUGUAGACUAAGAGGGUGUAUCUUUGCUAUAAAAUAUAUUUGUAUUCUUUGUUCGGGGCUCUCAGCCCAACAGUCAAGACUGCUGGGCAGACCAGCCUCGCUUAUUACCUUAUUAAUACGUUUUAAUAAAGUAAUAUCCUGAUUGGUGAUUGACCCUUCUAGUGAGGGUGAUCAGGCCUUACCAGGAAGUCAGAACAGAGGUCAGAGGUCAGUCAGUCCUAUUAAGUGAGUGUUUGUUUUCCUGUACCUCAGACAUUAUUUAAAGAUAUUUCAAACAUUUCAAAAAAAAUUUGUAUCAGGUUUACAUUGGGUUUCUAAUCAAGAGAAUGUAUAUGUGUGCACCCAAAACUCUGACAAUAGAAACUUCAGAAAAUUUAAUUUGUUUACAGUAUCCUAAAACCAAAAUAAAAGCUCCCUUAACAGCUGAAUCCGGGUACCUUUAACUAAGGUACUUAAUGCACUUUAAGGCACUUGCCUUAGGAAGCCUUUCAAAGGGAGAGAUAAAGAAUCAUUGAUAAACAUGUACAAAAAACUUGUUAGCGGACAUUCCAUCAGUUGUAUACAGAAUUAUACUUCAGACACAUCAGAUGAUACAGUGUCCCAUCAAGCUGAAUAGGCACCUUCCAAAGUAAACAAUCCCAGAGCCCCUCUCUUGUAAUCAUUGUCAUUUUGACCUGUUUCAUUGACAUACAGUUCUGUACAAACUGUCCCUAAUUUCGUCACUGUGUCUCUUACAGCCUGUUUGAGUUCAGUGUGUACUGGCGGCUACCUAUUGUUUAUCUCUAACCCAAACAACAGAUGACUUAAACACGAGAGCAGUGGACCAGGCCUUUAAGAGUGAGCAGCCUCUAACUUAAUAUCAGUCCUAAUGCUCAAUCGUCUUCAAAUGACUAAGAUAUUGCAUUAUUAGAAUGCUAUCUGAAAGCCAAUUACCAUUCACUUUGUUACUUUCACUAGUCUCCAUAUCAAACAACAUUCAACUGUUCCCUCUAUUGCAAGGUUUAAAACAAAACAAACAUGAUAACUUUCUCCAAAUUGGAAGGCAUUGUUUUUAUUUUAGUCUACCCUAACUCUAUAUAUUUAUUUCAAAUUUCUGUUGGAUAUUCACUUUCUGCUUCACACUUAUUAAAUGUCUAUUACUUUGCCGAAUUUAUAAAAUACAUCGGUCAAUUCAGAAGGGGAGAGAUAAACAGGUAUUAUAACUGGGCUAGCGCUGCCUGUCAGUCCACUCUCAUUGGAAUGUUCUAUCAUAAGAUUUCUAUGAGACAAAGUAGAGUUAGACCCCCAGUCCUCCCGGGGGAGUGGUUCCAUUUGCCUGCUCACUCAUUGGUUUAAUAUCUCAUCAUUUGGGAUAUCAACAACAACUCCAUCAGCAGUACAAUACAUUGUAGCCUUAAGUUUAGUUAAAAUAAAAUCAUGUUCAACUUCAUUGGUUCUAUUUAUAGUUUUAUUGGUUAGAGGUAAGUCAAGUCCCGUACAAUGCUUUAACCUUAUCAUACCUCAAAUGAUCCAGAAAGGGACCACUCUGAACAUUUCUCAAAAUACUUUUUAAACCACUUACGUACGUCUACGUGUGGGUGUGCAAGUUGUAUAUAUAUAUAUUUUUUUUAUUAUUGUUAAUUCAUCAGAUCUAUAGUAACCCAUUAUACUCAAUAUUAUGUUACUUUAUCUCUAGUAAACCAUUAUACAUUUGUGUUACAUCACACAUUCCUCCUCUACACCAGUGUUCUAUUACAUUUACAUUUACAUUUAAGUCAUUUAGCAGACGCUCUUAUUCAGAGUGACUUACAUUGACCCUGGUUAGACAUUUUCUAAAUGCCACACAAUAGACCUUAAUGAAAACCUUAAUGAUGAAACUGCCACAUACGUUUGGGAUAUUACAACAACCAAGUUACUGCAAGCAAACACUAUUUUUCCCCUUAGACAUCAUUGCACGCACAACCAAAUUGAGGAAUUCCUUCAUAUUAACUACAGCUGUUAUAACCUGAUAUUGAACUACUGGUAAGCACCAUGACAUUUCACAGCCAGUAACUCGGGUUAAGGUAGUAUUUGUAUUUCCUAAUGGCUGAAGCUAGCUGUAAGCUAGUGGCACAGCUCAAUAUGUAGCCUAAUUAUGCAUACUGGUUAGGCAAGGUAGGCUACUACUACAGAACAUACUGACCAAUAAAAUGCAGUAUUAUUGUAGUUCAGUUGUUCUUUUGUGAUAUUGAAGGAUGUGAGAAUGUGUUCAAUAUUAACUCUCGACCUACUGGAGUAAGACCAGUGAAAGGGAUUUCUUCACAGAAGACAUUUCCCCUCAGGUUAGUGGUUAUUUCACAUUUAGAAAUGGUCAUUUACCUUCCCUUCAAUAGAUGCCUGAGGCAUGUAAUGGUAUUCCAAAAUUCCAACUGUUUGAGUCAAUCCUACCCACUAUUUAAUUUAUUGGACAUCAGCCUGAACUGAUUUGCUAUUAGGAAUAUCUUACAAUAUAAUCUCUUGAUAUACAGUGGGGAAAAAAAGUAUUUAGUCAGCCACCAAUUGUGCAAGUUCUCCCACUUAAAAAGAUGAGGGAGGCCUGUAAUUUUCAUCAUAGGUACACGUCAACUAUGAUAGACAAAAUGAGAAAAAAUAUUCCAGAAAAUCACAUUGUAGGAUUUUUAAUGAAUUUAUUUGCAAAUUAUGGUGGAAAAUAAGUAUUUGGUCAAUAUCAAAAGUUUCUCAAUACUUUGUUAUAUACCCUUUGUUGGCAAUGACACAGGUCAAACGUUUUCUGUAAGUCUUCACAAGGUUUUCACACACUGUUGCUGGUAUUUUGGCCCAUUCCUCCAUGCAGAUCUCCUCUAGAGCAGUGAUGUUUUGGGGCUGUCGCUGGGCAACACGGACUUUCAACUCCCUCCAAAUAUUUUCUAUGGGGUUGAGAUCUGGAGACUCCAGGACCUUGAAAUGCUUCUUACGAAGCCACUCCUUCGUUGCCCGGGUGGUGUGUUUGGGAUCAUUGUCAUGCUGAAAGACCCAGCCACGUUUCAUCUUCAAUGCCCUUGCUGAUGGAAGGAGGUUUUCACUCAAAAUCUCACGAUACAUGGCCCCAUUCAUUUUUCCUUUACACGGAUCAGUCGUCCUGGUCCCUUUGCAGAAAAACAGCCCCAAAGUAUGAUGUUUUCACUCCCAUGCUUCACAGUAGGUAUGGUGUUCUUUGGAUGCAACUCAGCAUUCUUUGUCCUCCAAACACGACAAGUUGAGUUUUUACCAAAAAGUUCUAUUUUGGUUUCAUCUGACCAUAUGACUUUCUCCCAAUCCUCUUCUGGAUGCACUCUAGCAAACUUCAGACGGGCCUGGACAUGUACUGGCUUAAGCAGGGGGACACGUCUAGCACUGCAGGAUUUGAGUCCCUGGCGGCGUAGUGUGUUACUGAUGGUAGGCUUUGUUACUUUGGUCCCAGCUCUCUGCAGGUCAUUCACUAGGUCCCCCCUUGUGGUUCUGGGAUUUUUGCUCACCGUUCUUGUGAUCAUUUUGACCCCACGGGGUGAGAUCUUGCGUGGAGCCCCAGAUCGAGGGAGAUUAUCAGUGGUCUUGUAUGUCUUCCAUUUCCUAAUAAUUGCUCCCACAGUUGAUUUAUUCAAAUCAAGCUGCUUACCUAUUGCAGAUUCAGUCUUCCCAGCCUGGUGCAGGUCUACAAUUUUGUUUCUGGUGUCCUUUGACAGCUCUUUGGUCUUGGCCAUAGUGGAGUUUGGAGUGUGACUGUUUGAGGUUGUGGACAGGUGUCUUUUAUACUGAUAACAAGUUCAAACAGGUGCCAUUAAUACAGGUAACGAGUGGAGGACAGAGGAGCCUCUUAAAGAAGAAGUUACUGGUCUGUGAGAGCCAGAAAUCUUGCUUGUUUGUAGGUGACCAAAUACUUAUUUUCCACCAUAAUUUGCAAAUAAAUUCAUUAAAAAUCCUACAAUGUGAUUUUCUGGGAAAAAAAUUCUCAUUUUGUCUGUCAUAUUUGACGUGUACCUAUGCUGAAAAUUACAGGCCUCUCUCAUCUUUUUAAGUGGGAGAACUUGCACAAUUGGUGGCUGACUAAAUACUUUUUUACCCCACUGUAGCUAGGCAUAAGGAAUAUUACAUUUAACAUUCAAAACACCACUACUAGAAAAAGUAGGCUAGUCUCUCAUUCAGCUUUUUCUUUUUUAAAAUAAAAACAGCACAUUUCAGUCAUUAAACCGUGUGAUCAACUGGACAGAGUAAACACUACAUUUCAAUGUCUUGUUCUCUUUAUAAUGUCAUAAUUUCCUCAAAGUUCUGGUGAUCAAGCCUACCAGUAUUUCCAUGAUGUGCUCCAGCUCAUUCAGGUCCCUGAAGCUCUGGUUGAGCAUAUUAUUCAUACAGGGGUUUAGAUAUUUACACUAGUUGUUCUAUUUAACAGCAUAUUCGGGAAUAAUACUCUCUACUUUCAUAUGUCCAUACAGAAUCCCUAUAUAACGUUAUAAAUAUUUAGUUAUUCAUGUCCACAUCGCAGCAAUGAUCACAGCGCAGCAGGCAGCCUGAGAGGUACACGUCUUUCAUAUUGAGGAAAUCAGUUUACGGGGGCUGUUACCCUCUCAAAUAUUUAAAUGGCUUCUCCUGUCAGUACUCACUACCUAUAGAUCGAAGGGCAGUGGUGGACAGAACCGCUAGAUAACGUUAUAGAUCGAAAAACUCAGCUCACACAGAACUGGUUGGGGUAUCCAUUCUUUCACGCACUCAGUAAUCCUUUUUAACACAGGAGAUAGUCCCCUGACAGCUUUUAAUCACUCAGUAAUUUAUAGCUACAUUUCUAUCUUACUAUCCAUUUUUCAAUCAGCUUUUUAUCCAUAUUUCAAUGUUGUUAUCCAAAUUUCAAUCAGUUUAAUAUCCACAUUUCAAUCUUAAUAGUAUUAAUUUCAGUGAAUUUAUUAUCCAAAUUUCAAUCUUAUUAUCCAAUUUUCUAUCAGUGUCAUAUCUCACAAUCACACAACUUUCACAUCCACGUUCACUUAGUACUAUUCCCAAACAAACUCUGUAAUCUCCCUUAUUACCCCAUGUGCAUCUUCAACGAUUAUCUUGUCGUUACUUGCUAUGCACCAUAUGUACACUGCUAUACAUAUAAAUAACACCCCGUAUUCAAAAAUACCUUGUGUUAUUUGUAGUGGCUGCAGACCACGUAGAUAUUUCUUAUAAAUGCCUACAGACAGCUGUCAGUGGGGCUUUCCAUGGUACCAUUACACCCUCGCUCUAGUCUUCUCAUAAAACGCAUGAAUAGCCUUCUCUCUAUAAGACUAUGGGUACCUUUUUAUGCGUUACUCGCUUUGAUAAAAAAAUGUAUCAUUAUUUUUUAUUCUAUACAGAUUCAUUUAAAUUGACUUACUGAAAUCAGUUGCCGUCCCUCAAUUGUUAGCGGAUGAUGUGUCUGCUCCUGGGUAGAUCACAGUAAGGAUUCUGGGCGGGUCUCGUCCUCUUUUGGUCAGAUGGAAAUUUCCCUCAAGCUUCAUAAAAUGCGCCGCCGGUUUUCCUCACAGACCCCCACUGGAAAGCUCCGCAGGCAGAAUCAAUCGUCUUAUUCGUGACGCCAAAUUGUUGCGGAACCAAGGAAUGUUUAUGACACCAAAGAUAAGAUGCAAGAACAACUCAAAUAAGCAAAGAGAAACGACAGUCCAUCAUUACUUUAAGACAUGAAGGUCAGUCAAUCUGGAACAUUUCAAGAACUUUGAAAGUUUCUUCAAGUGCAGUCGCAAAAACCAUUAAGCGCUAUGAUGAAAAUGGCUCUCAUGAGGACCGCCACAGGAAAGGAAGACCCAAAGUUACCUCUGCUGCAGAGGAUAAGUUCCUUUUAAAUGCUUCACAGACUUCAAGUAACAGACACAUCUCAACAUCAACUGUUCAGAGAAGACUGCGUGAAUCAGGCAUUCAUGGUUGAAUUGCUGCUAAGAAACCACUCUAAAGGACACCAAUAAGAAGAAGAGACUUGCUUGGACAUUAGACCGGUGGAAAUCUGUCCUUUGGUCUGAUGAGUCAAAAUUUGAGAUCUUUGGUUCCAACCACUUUGUCUUUGUGAGACGCAGAGUAGGUGAACGGAUGAUCUCUGCAUGUGUGGUUCCCACUGUGAAGCAUGGAGGAGGAGGUGUUAAGGUGUGGGGGUGCUUUGCUGGUGACACUGUAAGUGAUUUAUUUAGAAUUCAAAGCACACUUAACCAGCAUGGCUACCACAGCAUUCUGCAGCGAUACGCCAUCCCAUCUCAUUUGCGCUUAGUGGGACUAUCAUUAGUUUUUCAACAGGACAAUGACCCAAAACACAAUUCCAGGCCGUGUAAGGGCUAUUUUACCAAGAAGGAGAGUGAUGGAGUGCUGCAUCAGAUGACCUGGCUUCCACAAUCACCCAACCGCAAGCCAAUUGAGAUGGUUUGGGAUGAGUUGGACCGCAGAGUGAAGGAAAAGCAGCCAACAAGUGCUCAGCAUUUGUGGGAACUCCUUCAAGACUGUUGGAAAAGCAUUCCUCAUGAAGCUGGUUGAGAGAAUUUCAAGAGUGUGCAAAGCUGUUAUCAAGGCAAAGGGUGGCUACUUUGAAGAAUCUAAAAUCUAAAAUAUAUUUUGAUUUGUUUAACACUUUUUUGGUUACUACAUGAUUCCAUAUGUGUUAUUUCGUUGUUUUGAUGUCUUCACUAUUAUUCUUGUCACGGUUUCGGCCGAGGCUGCUCCUCCUCCUGGUUCGGGCAGGCUUCGGCGUUCGCCGUCCCCGGAGUAUUAGCUGCCACCGCUCUAUGUUUCUGUGUUUGAUUGCUUUUGUCUGUCUGUCACACCUGUGUCUGUUUAAGUGUGGAUUAUGUGUCUUAUAAGUUCCUUGUUUUGCUCUAUGGUAACUGUGUGUUGUUAUUUUCCGUUGCCACUUUGUAGAUGAUGCGUGUUUGUUUUCCGUGUCAUUUUUCCUUGUUUAGUGUUUUACGCGUGUGCGUAAUUAUCCCUCGCCACUUCGUGUUAUCGAGGUCGGGGUUUGUAAUCUUGCUUUUGAGACUAUUAAAAGUCUUGUUGGACUAACCUCUGCUUCCUGCGCUUGACUCCUCCACCACAUCCACGAUGGUUUAUGACAGAACAACACACCAUUAUGGAGUCAGCAGGAUCAGCGGCGGCACCCGAAUCCCUGCUGGAUCGGAUCAAUUUCCAGGACGCCAUGAUCCAGCAACUCGGGACCGUCAUGGACGAGGUGUCCAACGCCCUGCGCCGAUUGGUGAACUCUGAGGUGGCCAAGGACCCUUACAACAUUGCAUCACCAACGGCCAGUCCUCCUCUCUCAGUACCGGAACCCAGUGGCAUUCGGCUCUCACUCCCGAGGGCAUAUGACGGCUCUGCAGCCGGGUUUCAGGGAUUCCUCCUGCAGGUAGAACUGUACCUUGCCACUAUACACCCGGCGCCCUCGGGAUACGAGAGCGUCUCCGCCCUCAUCUCCUGUCUCUCCGGCAAGGCGUUGGAAUGAGCCAACGCCGAAUGGAGGGGAAUAGACGCCGCUACGAUCACCUACGCGGAGUUCUCCCGCCGCUUCAGGGCUGUCUUCGAUCAUCCCCCUGAGGGGAAAGCGGCGGGAGAGCGUCUAUUCCACCUCCGACAGGGGAAGAGGAGCGCACAGGAGUUCGCACUGGAGUUCCGGACACUAGCGGCGGAUGCGGGGUGGAAUGAGAGGGCCCUCAUCGACCAGUACCGAUGUAGUCUACGAGAGGACGUUCGUAGGGAGCUGGCCUGCAGGGAUACCAACCUGUCGUUUGACCAGUUGGUGGACAUUUCCAUCCGUCUGGAUACCCUGCUGGCUACCCGCGGACGUCCCGAGUGGGGGUCGUCCAGUCCACCCUCUAGCACCCCCGAGCCGAUUCCCAUGGAGCUAGGGGGUGCUGGCGCUAGAGAGAGGAGGAGAGGGAACCCGAGGGGGGCCAUCCCCUGCACCACCUGCGGUCGUGGAGGACACACUGCGGCCAGGUGCUGGGGAGGGUCUCCUGGUAGAGGUGACAACAGGCCACGCACUGGGGAGUCAUUUCAGGUGAGUAGGCGCCCCACUCACCCAGAGCUCUCUGUUGGUCACAUGAGUAUUCCUGUGAGGUUUCCACAGGUGGCACCUCAUUCCCAGCAUAAGGCGCUAGUAGAUUCAGGCGCAGCUGGGAACUUUAUUGAUCGAGCAUUUUGUGCUAGGUUAGGAAUUCCCCUUCGGCCGGUAGAAGUUCCAUUCCCUGUCCACGCAUUAGACAGCCGGCCGUUGGGGUCGGGUCUGAUCAGGGAUGUCACAGCACCACUGACGAUGACGACGCAGGGGGGUCAUGAGGAAAUCAUUCAGUUCUAUCUGAUUGACUCUCCUGCGUACCCAGUGGUGUUGGGCCUUCCCUGGUUAAGCACCCAUGAUCCUACCAUAGCAUGGCAACAGAGGGCUCUUAUGGAGUGGUCUGCCCAGUGUGUAGGGAGAUGUCUAGGUGUUUCCAUAGGUGCGACCUCGGUAGAGAGUCCGAACCAAGGGCCCGCACUGCGCAUUCCCCCCGAGUAUGAGGAUUUAGCACUCGUGUUUUAACAAAUCGAGGGCAGCACGGCUACCUCCUCAUAGACAGGGGGACUGUGCGAUAAAUCUCCAGACCGGAGCGGCUCUUCCCCGGAGUCAUGUGUAUCCCCUGUCUCAAGAGGAAACUGCGGCUAUGGAGACAUACAUAACCGAGUCCUUGGCACAGGGAUACAUACGGUUCUCUACUUCCCCAGUCUCCUCGAGUUUCUUCUUUGUGAAGAAGAAGGACGGGGGAUUGCGCCCGUGUAUUGAUUAUCGUAGUCUCAAUCAGAUCACAGUUAAAUACAGCUACCCACUUCCACUGAUUGCGACGAUGACGGAGUCAUUACGUGGAGCGCGGUUCUUUCAGUUGGUUUACAAAGUUGGAUCUCAGGAGCGCGUACAAUCUGGUGCGCAUUAGGGAGGGGGGAUGAAUGGAAGACAGCAUUUAGCACCACCUCGGGUCAUUACGAGUAUCUCGUCAUGCCAUACGGUUUAAUGAAUGCUCCUUCAGUCUUCCAAUCCUUUGUUGACGAAAUUUUCCGGGACAUGCAUGGGCAGGGAGUAGUAGUGUACAUUGACGACAUCCUAGUGUACUCUGCUACUCGAGCCGAGCAUGUAGCCCAGGUACGCCGAGCGUUGAGUCGAAUGUUGGAGCAUGACUUGUAUGUCAAGGCAGAGAAAUGCCUGUUCUUCCAGGAGUCCGUCUCCUUUUUGGGUUAUCGGUUGUCCGCGUCUGGUGUGGAGAUAGAGGUAGACCGGGUAUCGGCCGUGCGUAAUUGGCAAACUCCAACCACUGUAAAAGAGGUGCAGCAGUUCUUGGGUUUUGCUAAUUACUACCGGAGGUUUAUUCGGGGUUUUGGACAGGUUUGCAGCUCCCAUUACGUCCCUGCUAAAGGGGGGUCCGGUCGCUUGCAGUGGUCGGCUGAGGCGGACAGGGCAUUUGUCAAACUUAAGAACCUGUUCACCUCCCUGUGCUGGCGCAUCCGGAUCCCUCUUUACCAUUCCAGGUUGAGGUAGACGCGUCCGAGACUGGUAUUGGGGCAGUUCUAUCACAACGGUCCGGCACGCCACCUAAACUCCGCCCCUGUGCGUUCUACUCCAAGAAGCUCAGCGCGGCGGAGAGUAACUAUGAUGUCAGGGACAGGGAGCUGUUAGCCGUAGUCCAGGCCCUAAAGGUGUGGAUGGCAUUGGCUUGAGGGGGCUCAAUCCCUCUUUUCCCCCAGGUUUUGGGCGCUUUGGAAACCCUUUGGGGGGGGGAAAAGGGGGAAAAUUUUUCCCCGGUGGGGGCCCCCUAAAAAAUUUGGGGCCUCGAACCGGCCCGGGGGAGGAAAAAAAUUUUCGGGCAGGGAGCUUGCCAGGGACCCCAAAGGGUUCCCCCUUCCCAGGGGGUAAACCCCCUUUUUUUUUGGGGGUCCCUUUUAACCCCCCGUUCUCCCCCUUUAAAUUUUCCCUCCAGGGUAAAAACUGCCUAACCCGGGUUUUUUUUUGCAAUAAUUGGGUCCCCCCAGGGAAAGGAAAAAAUUCCCGAGGGGAGGGGUCCCCCGACCCUUUUUCUCGGGUUUUUGGGGCCCCGGGGUUGGGAGGUGAAAAAAGGGAAAAGAAAGGGGAAAUUUUUUCCACCCUUUUUCCCCCCCCCGAGGUUUCCUGGGGGGCCAAAGUUCCCCCUCUUUUUUAAAAACCCCCUUUUAUUUGGGGAAAUCACCCCCCCCGGAAACCGGUGGCGGGCGCAGCCCCCUGGUCGGGGGGCCCGUUAGGGGGUGUGGGGUUUUGUUUUUUUCCCGCUCGGGGGGUGGCGUGGGGCCCCCCAGGCAUUUCCCCAAAACUACCCCCGCCCGUUCCCCCGCAUGGACCUUGGUGGUUUCUCCCAACCCCCCCCCCCUCCCAGGGGAAUCCCCUUUUUUGGGGUUUCUUUUUCCGGGGUGCAUUCCAAGGGCUCCUAAAAUUUUAAAAACCCUAGGCCUUUUCACCUGUUUUUGGCCACUGGGGGGGGCCCCGGGUAGGGCCUUUCCCCUUUUCUCCAGGUUUGGGGGGGGGGUUUUGGGAAAAUGGGGGGCGGAAGUUCCUGGGGGCCCCCAAAGGGGGGGGAAACGGGGAACUUUUCCCAGGGAAUGGGGGGUUUUUUUGCGGUUUUCCGGGACCGGGGCCCGGGGGGGUUGGGGGUUUUUCCCGGGGGGGGGGGGCCCCCCCGGGGGGCCCCCCCCUUUUUUUCCCCUUUUCCCCCCCCCCCCGGGGGUUUUUUGGGGUUUUUCCCCAAAAAAAAAAAAAUUUUUAAAAAGUUGGGGUUUUUUUUUUUUUUUUUUUUUUUGGGGAUUUUUGGGGGGUUUUUUUUUUUUCCCCUUUUUUUUUUUUUUUAAUUUUGGAAUUUUUAAAAAAAUUUUGGGGGGGGGUUUUUUUUUUAAAAAAAUUUUUUUUGGGGGAAAAUUUUUUUGGUUUUUUAAAAAAGGUUUUUUUUAAAAAAAUUUUUUUUGGAAAAAAAAAAAAAAGGGGGAAAAAGGGGGGGGGAAAAAAUUUUUUUUGGGGUUUUUUUUAAAUUUGGGGUAAAAAAAGGGGCCUUUAAAAAAAAAUUUUGGGGUUUUUUGGGUUUUAGGGUUGGUUUUAAAGGGGGUUUUUUUUUAAAAAAUUUUUUUUAAAGGGGGGGGGAAAAAAUUUUUUUUUAAAAAAAAAAGGGGGGGUUUUUUGGUUUUUUAAAAAAAAAUUUUUUGGGUUUGGGGGGGGUUUUUUGGGGGGGGGGGUUUUAAAAAAUUUUUGGGCCCUGGGUGGGUGGCCCCAGGGGGGAGACCCAACGGGGGGGCGAAAAUCCCAAAAUUUCCCCCCCCUUGAUGAUUUUCACCAGGGCACCCCAAAAGCGCCCGGGUCCGCGUCCUCCGGGCCCGCCCCCGAGGGGGGUCGGCCGGGGCUGGUGCCGCCGUAAAGGGGGGGGGUACUUCACUUUCCCCGGCUCCUCCCCCCCUUUCCCGCUUCCGUUCGGCCCCCGGGGAUAUUAGCUGCCCCCGUUUUAUUUUCUGUUUUUGAUUGCUUUGUCUGCGUCACCCCUGGUCUGUUUGAGUGUUGAUUAUGUGUCUUUAAAGUUUUUUUUUGCCUUUGGGGAAAUUUGUGGUUGUUAUUUUCCGUUGCCACUUUGUAGAUAUGGUGUUUUUUUUCCGUGUCAUUUUUCUUUUUUGUGUUUUACCGUGUGCGAAUUAUCCCCCCACUUGUUUUAUCGAGGCGGGGUUUGAAAUUUUUUUUUAACUUUUAAAAAGUUUGUGGACAACCCUUCUUCCCCCUUUGACUCCUCCACCACCCCACGACGGUUUAUAAAAUCUACAAUGUAGAAAAUAGUACAAUAAAAAAAACCCGGGAAUUAGUAGGUUUCCCAACUUUCAUGGUACUGAAAAAUUUUAUUAAAUCAUGAAAAAAAAACCAACCUAUCCCAAAAUGGAAAAAAAGGGAUUUUUAACGUUCUCCUUGUGCCUUGGGUUUGGGGGUUAAAAAUAUUAUCAGCUGGUUUGGUUGGGGUUAGGCAUAAUUUUAUCAGCGGGUUGGGUUGGGCAAAUUUACAGUGUUUUUUGGGUUGGGUUAGGCAUAAUUUAUCGUGUGGUUUGGUGGGGUUUUAUGAAUAAUAUUUUCAUGGGGUUUUAGGUUGGGUUGGGCAUAUUUUAUCGUGGGGUUUUUAGGUUAGGGUUAGGCAUAAUAUUUCAGUUUGGUGUAGGUUGGGGUUUUGCAUAAUUUUUCAUGUGGUUUAGGUUGGUUUUUGGCAUAAUUUUCAUGGGGUUAGGGUUAGUUGGCAUAAUUUUAAGUGUGGUUUGGGUUGGGUUAGGCAUAAUAUUACGGGUGUUUUUGGUUAGGAUUAGGAAAAAUAUUAUAGUGUUUAGGUUAGGGUUAGGCAAAUAUUAAAGUGGGGUUUGGUUGGGGUUUGGCAAAUUUAUCAGUGUGUUAGGUUAGGCUAAUUAUCAGGUGGUUUAGGUUGGGGGUUAGGAAAUAUUUUCAGUGUGGUUUAGGUUAGGGUUGGUGAAAUUAUCAGUGUGGUUUGGGUUGGGGUUGGGAUAAUAUUAUAGUGUCGUUGGGGUUGGUUUUGGGCAUAAAUUACCCGUGUGGUUUUAGGUUAGGUUGGGCAUAAUAUUUCAUUUUGGUUAGGUUGGGUUUUUGGGGCAAAAUUUUUCAGUGUUUUUUGUUUGGGUUGGCAAAAUAUUACCAGUGGGUUUGGGUUUGGGUUAGGCAAAUUUUAUCAGUGUGGUUUAGGUUAGGAUUAAGCAUAAUAUUAUCGGGGGUUUUUAGGUGGGUUAGGCAUAAUAUUAUCAGGUGGUUUGGGUUUUAGGGUUAGGCAAAAAAUAUCAGUGGGGUUUUGGGGGUUAGGGUUAGUCAUAAUUUAAGUGGGGUUUUUGGUUUGGGUUUUAGGCAAAUAUUUUCAUUGGGGUUAUUUGGGUUAGGCAUAAAAUUUUCAUGGGGUUUUUAGGUUGGGGUUUAGGCAAAAUAAUCAUGGGGUUAAAAGGUUGGGGUUGGCAAAAUUUUAUCAGUGUGGUUUGGGUUUGGGGUUUAGGCAAAUAUUUAUCAGUGGGGUUUGGGUUUAAAAGGUUUAAAAUACUAUUCAGUGGGGUUUAGGUUGGGGUUGGGGCAAAAUAUUAUAUGGGGUUUGGGUUUGGGGGUUACAAAAUUAUCAGGGGUUUAGGUUGGGGUUUAGCAAAUUUAUAUGGGGUUUUUAGGUUUAGGGUUUGGCAAUUUUAUCAUGGGUUAUUUUGGGGUUGGCAUAAUAUUCAUGUGGUUUGGGUUUUGGGGGGGCUAAUAUUUUCAGUGUUUUUGGGUUUAGGUUGGGGGUGUAA